CGCGCGUGUGUCCGCGUCCGUGUCUUCGUGAGUGCCGCCGCUCCGUCCGUCCCGAGACCGUACGGCCCGCCGAGUGAUAAGGAAACGAAUACGAAUCCGUGUUACGCGUGUUUUCACCGUUUCUGUAAUUUUUCGGCUUUUCUCUCGCGAACAAACCGUCGGCCCUAUUUUCCGGUUCUCAGUGAAUAUUUCCCGGUUUGGCGCGUGACUCUGUGCCGAUCGCGCGCGGGCGACAACCAUCCGGAAUCCGCCGUCACUAUCAUGGGGAUUCCGCAGUUCGUCUUCCUGUUGCUCAUGGGUAAGUCGACUUCGAUUUUAUCGCGUCUGUUAGCGCCCGCGGAUUUCAGUGACCCGGGAACUAUACAUCACGAAAAUACGGCCGAAAAUUGUGGCCUUUUGACCAGUACAAUAAUAUUAUUGAUCUUAAAAAUGACCCAAACCGUCGAAAAGUAUAUAUUUCAAAUGUUGAUUUCCAAGUACCACCCGAAAACGACUUGAAAUAAUUUACUUUUUAUGCCUAUUUUGCUGGUUUUUUUCCAUUUGUUAAGGACGUUUGUAGACUUUUUUUUAAGAACAUUAUUGUUUUUUCUGGUAUCAUGUUCGGUGCAUUUAAAUCCGUGCAUUGAUAUUACUAUACGCGCAUUAUCAGUAUUAUGUGUUGCAUACCGCGACAAAUCGUAAGUGACCACUCGACGGCUCGGACGACCAUAACAAUAAAUUACGGAUAAUCGAAAAUCCGCUGGGCUUAAACCGUUAUUUGCUUGCGGUAAUUCUGAUACUAAGCGAGUCCCAGACAGUAUAUUAUUAUUAGGCGAUUUUUAAAACCGACACAUAAUACUCUGAUAUUAUAUCAGAAUUAAGCAGAACGGGUAAAAUUAAACUGCUUUUAUACAAAAAUACUUUUAUGCUUCUAUACUUUUUAUACGAAAAAUCGAAUCAUUGGUGCAGAAAAGACGCAAAUUUUAAAAUUGAAUUUAUAAGUAUCUCACUAUUUCAUCGAAAAUUUAAGUUUUUCAGUUUAUCAGUUUGGUGAACUUAAAGCUUUACGGUACUUCGGAUUUCACAAUAUUAUCCAAUUUGUGUUUUGGAAAAAUGAACUUUUUUUGUUUUUUAUUUUCCAUUUGUCUUUAUAUUUCAAAUGAAUGUCUAAAUCUGGCCGUCAAUCCGGAUUUUUCACAUCACUUAUUUAAAAACUACAAUAAUUAUUGUUAAUUUCGAUUAAUCUUGAUGUCACGUAGAGAAAAUAAGAAAGUUUGUCUCAAGCUGCCGCUUUCGGAUGCAAUACGGAUUGUUCAUUUGUAGAACUUAAACCUUAUUAAGUAGGUAUGGAAUUUAAUACUAGGGCACGAUUCCGGCCAAUUUGUUGUUCAGCAAAAUCAAUAAAUUGCAAAUAUUAGUUAAAUUUAUUUGAUUGUCUAUCAUUUAUAAUAAAAGUUGUUUAAUUUUUUUUGUGAGAGAAAAACAUAAAAAUAAAAAAACCACGUAAAAAGUUAUUUCGUAGUUUAAAUCGUUCGAUUAUUUAAAUCUCACGAAAUGCGACGGUAUACAAUAAAAAUGUUGUAUACAAGAUAAAAAUUAUUUUCAAAGCGUCCGAGUAAUUUUAAUUUAAGCAUUUGCUAUUAUGCAUUUAAUUAUACUUACAAUCAUAACUGUCAUUGAUGCACUAGUUUUAGAGUUCAUAUUUCCCCGUCUUAUCGCACGUUCACCUGCUAUAUACUUUACAACUUUUAAUUUGAAUUUACGGUAGCCUAUGUUUUACGUUUGUAAUUAUUUUUAAAGACUACCUUUUUUUUUUUUUUUUUUUUUUUUUUAAUUUGAUGUUAGGUACUCUUUAUUAAUAUUACGUUAAUUCAAUGACUUGCGGUUAGUUAGAUGUAAAUUAAUAAUGUUACUAUAAUAAAUACCACGGCUUAAAUUAAAUAAAGGGCAGUAAAUUAUGAAACUGAUUUAUCCCGAUUAAAUAUACGUAACUUCAAUUUAUUGAUUAGUCCGUUGGCCAAUAGAUCGGUUUAAAUUGUAAGUAGAUCUAUCGCUAGUUAUUAUAUAUAUAUAUAUAUUGCCUAUUUAAAAUGUAAAAUAAUGAGUAGCUAUCGUGUUUAAUAUUAUAAAUGUUAAAAGGUACCCGUAAGUUAUUAUAUUAUAAAUAAAGUGAAUGGCUAAAUUUCUAAAACUACUUGUACCUACAUAAAAAAAAAAAAAAAAACCAUCAUUAUUAAACAAUAAUUAUAAAAUAAAAUCAUAUUUACUUUGAAUCUUCCGAAAUAAUAGUGUAUAUACUAUGUUGUUUCCUAGAAGUCGGUGAUUAAUAAUUAUGGGCGUACUUAAAAAGAAAAGGGAUCGAAUAUUAGAAAAUGCAAAGAAGAAAAUGGCAAAAAAAAAAAAGGAGGAAAGAGAAUGUUCAGCUAAAAAAUCGAUAACGACAAAAUAAAAUUAGUUUAAAACAAAGUGCGAUAUUAUGUUCACAGUAAGAUAAGAAAAAACAAAAGCGGUCCCAGGAUAAUGGGGACGAAUACAGCCACUGUUAUAGGUAAUUUAGUGUACAACUGUAAGCGACGAUAAACCAUUGCUAACGAAAAUACGAUUCUGAGUGCAGUUCGGUUGACAGUGUGGAUUUGUCAACAAUAUACGUGUCAUAUUAUGGUAAAAUAAUUAAAUAGGCAUUGCAUAUUUUCUUUAAUACGAUUUAUUUAGUAUUGUACCUAUUUUCCCGGUUUUUCCCAUUUAUUGGAAAAACUCCUGGGAAAACCAAAGGAUGACCAUCUUAAAGUAGCUCCCCAGUGAGAUUUCUUUUCGGAAAAAGUGCCAUCAAUGAAAAUCGGAGCUAAAUUGCUGGUAGAAAAGUUGUCCACAGAAAAAAAAUAAACAUCAUUGUAAAACUACAAGGUACUUCGCGCCUCCCGGAAUCCGAAAUAACAAUGCAAACGCAUUUACCCACUACCAUAAUACUGCACGUCAUAUUCGCAAUUCUAGUUGGUAUGAAUGUUGUCGAAUCCUGGCUAUUGUUCGGGCCGGGAAGAACGGCGGCGACGUCUCGAUCUAAAAUACGAAUAAUCGAGUGUUAUUAACAGUUAGAAAACGACAUUUCGCGACGACGACGACGACGACGACCUCGACUGCAUUAUAUUCUGAGCAUAUACUUACUGUGCGGGGCUAUUAUAAUAUAGCGCGCUCGGUUAAAUAUAAUGCGAUGCGACACGCGAACAGCGAACGUCGGGGCGCGAGGAGUUUUGCGGAAGGGUCGAGAAGAAAAGUGACGUCAUAUCCGGUGUUGCUUAUUUCCCAAGGAUUUCCGCCCCGUAUGUAUGUAUAUAAACACUCGCCGAUUUUAAAAAUUUUCCCCGGACACAAACUACAUGCGUAUACCGUGCAUACACGUACCUAUACGUAUACACGGUAGAUAACUAUUCGAAGUAACGAGCAAUCGACGAGUUUAAUCGACAUCUACAACAGUCGUACCUAUAUUAUACACGUAAUACGGUACCUGCAGUAUACACCGCGGCUAUAAUAACAAUUUAUAUAUUUAUCCGCAACGAGUAAAAGCUGAAUAAAAUCGCACCGGAAUUAAUACAGUGACAAUAAUAAUAAUUGUAAGAGAAAAAAAAAUUAAAAAAUCGACGGGCAUGUCCGAGUCACGUGCACCCGUUCACACGACCGCGACGUGAUCGUCGAACCCCGAAUAUUAUUGUUGUUGGUACCCGAAACCGAACCUGUGACUACCGAUAGUCCGCGACACUGUUAUUGAUAAAUAAUAAAUAAUAAUAAUAAUAAUGGUUGUGUUUGACGAUUUCCAAUUGUGAAAGUGUCACCGGAGGUACCGAUAACCAUCGAUGUAUUUGACGGAAUAGCGUCUGCAGUAGGUACAGGCAUUACGCGCCGGACGAAACGAUAUUAUUAGUACGUGUGCUUGAUAAAACCGCAACAGAUAUCGUAAAACACGAUUUUAUUUUUGUUCCGAUAGGCAGUAAAAUGUAAACGUUUGCGGAUUCGAAUCGUACAUAUUUUAUUAAUUUAUAAUAAUAACGAUCUUUGAUAAAAUUUUUUAUAAUUAUUUUACAACGGUUUUUCAGUAGAAAAAUAUUCAAAUUGUCGUGGCCCACCAGUGCACCAGUGUGCCGUGACACACCCUUCGGGAAACACUGGGUUAGGUUAAGGGUGGUAAAGGUUAGACUGAACCUGUUGAUCAAAUGGACUCCGUUUUUUUUUUUUUUUUAGCCGUAAGGUAUUCUCAUUUCCUAUGCCUACAACAGUAUCCUGUUCCCGGUGUAGAGAAUAUACUUGCCUAUAUUUCUCGUGUCUGGCUUUUUUAUUUUACUUUUAACGUUUCGACGUAUAAACGAUAUAUUUUAUUCAUUUAGUCGUAAAAUAAACCCGCUUGUCUCGCGAAUCGUGUAUGCAAUAUUAUAUGAAACCCGUACACCUACGUUUGUAUUCUCGUUUAAACUUUUCCGUCUGAAACACGACGUGAAAUUUAAUUUUCGAUAGUAAAUUGACUCGUGCGAUUUUCACGAUACGAUCCCACAUCGUUUCGACGUGUUUAUACUUUACGUUUUAUAGCCUCGAAACAUCUUCAAAAAAUAAAAACUAAAUAAUGAUAAUAAAUAAAAAAAUAUCAGUCUGUAUAUAUAUAAAAAAAAAAAAAAAAAAACACAACACAACAGAACGUAACAAAACAAUAAUGCCGGUACAGUUUCUUUGGCGGCGGCGGGGUGGGAGUGAAGGAAUCCGAUACGAUGCGGUUAGGCUAACCUACUGGGAAUUUAUAAAGCCACAGGCUAUUGAUCACAACUACAUACGUGGUCGCGUAUCACGCGUUCGUUUUCCUCGGUACGAUGUUCUUGGCCACAAUGUACUUAGGUCGUUAAAUAAAAAAAAAAAAAAAAAAAAAAAAAAAAAAAGUCUCAUAAUAUUAUCUAUUUAGUAUCGUAUACAAUAUAAGAGUAAUAAUUGAAUUCGUAUAUUUUGAAAGUCACUGUGUCGCUACAGCAUCAGCUAUACUUACUAUUAUUGCUUUAGUUACGCUUUUAUUAUUUUUUUUUUUCAGAAACUCGCGGUUUAAAAUGCUUUACUCGAAUUCGACUUGCUUAAAUCGCGUUCGACGUAUGUCCGCGCGAAUAUAUCAAUCAAAAAUAUUAUUCAAAAUAUUUGAUAUAUUCGAACUAAUGUUCUAUUAACAAACGUUCCCAACAAAGUUAUUUAAUUAAUUCGUAUGAUUUUAUACAAUGCAAUGCAGUAAGUAUAUAAACAAGGCAGAACAUUAUUAUGGCAUUCACAAUCUCGCAUAUUAUUUAUAGUUUGAAAUUCGGCGGUCUCGUGAACAACGCAAAUCGGAAAAUGUUAAUUUGCGAGAGUGGGGAGGUUGAGUGAAAAAAAAAAAGUUCAUACACAGAAAAUCCGGUUAAAUACGUAAAAGUUUCGACUCGCGUGCGCGCGAUAAAUCAAAUAUACGCUUUAUGCAAGUAAUUUAGUAAUACGUCUGAAAAUAAUACUCGCCGUGCGCUAUGGCAGAUUUCGUUGUUCCCGAUAAUAAAUUGAACCUGAACUUGUAUGGCAAAUACCUACCUUAUAUACUACCGAUCUAAGUUUAAAACGCGUGUAAAGCGAAAAUAAAUUGGACUACGUUAAAGUAUAAUAAUUUAUAAAACUGUACGUUCUAAAAUAUAAAUAAAUAUUUUAUUUUUCUGCUAUAAACCGAAUCAACUGCAGACAAGCAAUAUCGAGUAAGUAUAAAUUAGAGCCGUUUAUUACCAAAACAAACAAAUAAAUUUAAAUCUCGCAUUUUUUAAAGUAUUGCGCGCGAAAAAAAUCUGAGCAUUCUUAACUGACCGAAAAAUAGGGUUUUCCGACAACUAGUUUAUCAGUUGGUAAAAAUCCUCAAAGACAUUGGCAUUCUGUUGAUACUUGAAAAAUUUCAUCACAACUUCGCACAACUUACCAAUACAAAAUUAAAGAAGAUUCGGCGACAAAUGCAUUUAUUACAGUAGAUAUCGCAUCAUAUUGUUGCAUUUUCGGUUGUUUUUUUUUUUUUUAAUUGUUUGCAGAAGUAUGUUUGAAAAUCUUAAAGUCUUUAGUGCAAUCGUUGAUAUAUUUUCAAUUCUAUUUGUAGAUGCUGUUGAUAUUAUUAUUAACAUUUAUAAUUUUACUACUUAAUCAUAAUUUGUUAAAAUUGUAUGCAAAUUAUUGUUAUUGACUAUUGACGUUAUUUAUAACAGAUGAAAUCCAGUUUCUUUAUUUUUCCCCAACGGAAAUAUUUAUAAAGACAUAAUUAUUAGGUAUACUAAAGAUUCAGAAGUCACGAAAUUCCUUUUUAUAAAUAUAUGAACACGUUUUUAUGUUUACUAAAUCUAUAAAAUAUAUACAUACCUAUACUUGCAAUACUUGUAUAUAAGUUGUUUUGCUACUGACAUAGAAAAAAAAGAAAAGGACAUACUUCGCACGAUGGGUGGGCCACUGUUUGUAGGUGAGAUUUUGGAGAGGUAGAAUGGACAUUUAAUGUAUAUCUGCACAUCAUUGUUAAUCAUUGCUAAUGUAAAACGAUUCUGGGCGAAGUUCGGUUAUAUUUCGAAAGGCCGUAAUAUUAAGAUUUGAAAAUAAUAAAUUUCGUAAAUUUUCUCACAUUUUUUUCCCGGUUUUUCCCAUUUAUCUAUUAUGAAAAUUCCUAGAAAAAAUCAAAAAAAUGACCUACUUAAAGUACCAUCUCAGUCAGAUUUCCAUUUUAAAAAAUUACUUGAAAAUCGGAGUAAAAUUUCUGGUAGAAAAGAUGUUCACAGAAAAAAAAAAAAACGUCAUUGUAAAAAAUAGUUCCUCGCCCCGCUCAGAAUCUAAAAUAAACACGAAAUAAUAUGAUAAUAUAGUCGUUAUUUAUUACGAUAUGUAUAUUUUAAUGAUUUUUUAUACUUCUAUACAGACGAUUUUGUUCAGGCCAUCGAAAACUGGUUAUUCAUCUGACUAUAGUUCAACAAACGCGCCACAUUUUUACGCAUCGAAAACUACCUAUCCCAUUUAGACCAGUUUUUUUGUCUGUUUACAUCAGAUCAAAAUAGGUCAAAUAGGUGCAGGUGAACAUGCAAACUAGAACAGAACUAGAAUAUGGUAAUAGUGUUAUAUUCUGUUAUUGAAACAAUAUCAUUCAGCUCGUAUUUGUUUAUUUAAAAUCAAGAACCCAAAUAGAUUCAGGUAAAACCAAAAAAAAAAAAAAAACUAGAAAUUUAAAAUAGCUGCAAACAAUUCUCAAGGCCAAGUCAACUCGUAAAUCAUACCACUCUUAAAAAUAAUUGCUGUUAUGUGUAAAUAUUCGAUGGAAAUAUCAGGACUUUAGAAAUUGCUAGACCGUUUAUGCGCUAAUAAUCUCAUUUUUUUUCCACGUGAUUUUCCCCAAUUUCUCCUCCUCCCAUUAUAAGAAACAUCAAAUAAACAAUAUUUCCUAUGCACCACGAAACUGUAUAGAUAACCACGAACUACCCUUGACGUUGAGCAUUAUUCGAGCAAGAUUUCCUAUUGAAAAGUGGUUUACAGACAUGAAAAACCGCUCGCAAUAUAAAUACUAACAGAAUGCUUCGCUCAGAAUCUAAAAAUAAGCGAAAUAAUGAGUUAUCAACAUUUUUCAAACUAAAUUUGUCCCCCAUUGUAUAAAUCGGUCUGAGUGAGAAAAUAUAUUUAUAUAUAUUUUUUUUAGUUCGUUUUUUAAGAAUUUUGGAUUUUUAAAAUUUAACGAGUUUAAAACAAUUGAUGUUGGGGUAAAAUGUUUUACCGAAAAUCAGUUAUCACACGGUAACCAUGCUGAUAAGAUCACUAGGACAUGAUGUCAUAAAUCGUGGUUACUCUCGUUAAUAUAAAAAUAGUAUAUUAUUAACAAUACUCGUGAUAAACCGUGAUCCGAGUCACAGUUAUGACUAGUGUGGCUUACUACUAGUGGUAACCCACAAAACCGAAUACCUAAUGAGACACAUAUUUUGAUGCCUGUCAAAACCGAUCGGUUUUGGUAUUUUUCGAUUUAAAUUGAUUUUUAAUAGUAAUUUGUGAAAUAUGAGAAUUGAAAAAAAAAUUUCAUUUCCAAUAACUUCGUGUUUGUCGCAUUAAAACUAAUGUAUCUAGUCGACAAUUGUUUCGAUAACCCGCUAACAUUCUAGUAUCGUAGGCUCAAACAGGGGAGCAUGAGGGACUAAGAAACCUUCAAAACUUAUCCAAGCCCCAUCAAAUCAACUCUCCUUUUAAAUGUACAUAAUUAAUAUUUAUCAAUAUUAUGAGAUGUAAAACGCCCUAAAAUAUUUGGUUUAUUUGCUCCUUUGUCCAGCAUUAUGGCGGAAAAUCUGCUGUAAUGAAUGUUCCGCCGGUUUGUUGGUCGGUACGCACGUUAAAAAAAAAUAUGAUUAUCGACGAUCGGAUAUCUCGACACGGUUUCAUACAUAAAAAUCGUAUACGGAACUAAAGAACAAGAUGAAUUAUGCAUGCGGAAUGAUUCCGUGGCCAGCUAACGCAAUAACGGUACCGGAUGUACGGCAAUGUGUUCGUAUAUACGCAUGAUAAAAAUAAUACACAGGGUACCUCGCGGCCCAAUGUUCUAUUGUGUACAACGCACAGUAGAUAUUUAAGGUUUAUUUUUUAUUCUUACCUAUAUUCUUUUUUUGAAGAGCGUUUUAAAUCAAGUAACGUACGUGUCUGGGCGUUUAUCACAAAUACAGUUUAUGAUAAUAUUCCACUGUACUGCGUAGACAUCACGCAUUACGCAAAACAUAAUUCAUCGUUUAAUUUUUGUUUUUUUUUUUUAUGAAACGUGUGUCUAUUAUUUCACGGACAUAAUAUCAUAAUAAUCUUAUUAUAAUAUUGUAUAAUCGCCCGAUUCCCUCGAGAAAUUAAUUAUACCUAUUAUUUAAUUUACACAUCGCGCUUUCUGGUUUAUUUAAAAAAAAAAAACAAAUAGCGUCUCGAAUUGUUCGACAAAUUAUGAGUUUCCUCUAUAAAUAUUCCGUUAAUGUUUCAGAUUAUAAAAUGCGAGGCGAGAAAUUGUUGUUAAUUUUACUAGAACGUGCAUGUUUUUUUUAGACCUGUAAACAAGUUUUCAAUCAAAAGAAUUACACGAAUCAUCCAACUUCAGGAGGGUUGUUUCCGGUUGCAAAUGUCAUCUAUUUAGUGCUUUGGAUGGGCCCAUUUUUUUUUUCGCUUUCUUUAAACUUAUCUGAAUAAUGGGUCGUACAAAGCAUUGAAAAACCAUGCGUAUAUUUACGGGAUAAGAGUUCUGUUAAUUUCGAUUUUCUUGUUAGUCGUGGUAAAACGUAUCCGUAAAGACACGACAUUAUCACCAAAUAUUUAUUGUAUUACAAUUUUAUGACGUGGAACAAUUUUCAAAUUAUUGUUCGGGCGUUUUUCCAGUUAUGCGUAGCUAUUCGAAAUCGUCGAGUUAUAGUCACGAUCCGUUUUUUUUUUUUUUUCCGUAGUCACUGGAAUAGAUAUUUACAAAAUAUUCACCGCGCAUAGGUUGUAUACACUUCCUGUAUAAUAGAAAAUAUUAUACGUUUCCCGUUGCGGGGGGGGGGGAAGGAAAGCAAGCAAUAAUAGAAUAAAUAACGCGUCGAAAAGCUCGGCUUUUAUCCGUUUGAAAAACCAAACAAAAACACGUGUCAACGCGGUUUUUAAUACGCACACAGGUUUCCGUUAACACGCGCGUAAAAUAGCCGGUAACGUACGGCGACGUUGCGCGCACUACGCCGCCGUCCGGCCGCGGACUCGUACGACAAGUGCGGCCAAGCGUUCCGCGGGCCUCAGAGCCGACAGCGUCGCGCGAUUUUCAUUUAUCGCGACGUCGAACCGCGGGCACAUUGAGGCGACGAUUUUUCGUACGCGGCCCCGCGGAUUCUCCGGGAGCGGCCGUCGCGAUAUCGGCUCACGCCACCCGUGUACGCGCGUCCGGUGGCGGCGCCCGCGUUCGCGUGCCGCUCGGACGGUGCGCCGUGUCGGUCCGGCGACGACAACAAUCGUAUUGUUAUCGUUGUUAUUGUCGUGACCCGGAUCCGCGCGAGCCGCCGCGUCCGACCGCGUACCGGGCGGCCGUUUGAUCGGGAAAACCGCGGUGCCGCCGCGGAUAAAAGAUGGGGUGGGGGAGAACGCGGCGUACGACGCAAUAAUCGUUAUCGUUAUUGUUUAUUGCUGUUUUCGGGUAUUCCGCGGUCGUCUCUCGGCAACGCGCGCCUGUAAUGCGGACGCGCGAGACAAUGGCCGAAACCGGUGCCGUUGUUAAUAACAAUUGUUAAUCGUAUUUGGCGCGCGCGUACACGUGCAUUCGGUGCACACUGUGCGGCCGUCGGUUGAUACGACAAUCGCGACGUUUUGGUCCCGGGGCGGUCGAUCGUACGAACGUUACGACCCCGCGGCACCGUGGGUACCGCGUGGUCCGUAAUACAAACGCAAUAACGGCGGCGUCUCAUUGUGCUAUUCGAAAGGCGAGUAACGCCGACUCGCCGCCGCGGAGAGACGUGCGAAACGGCUGUACGCAGACCGCGGCUAUCCACGCCAUGCACGGGCGACUCUGUACGGCGGCGAACCCGAGCAAAGCUCGCGGGCGGCCCGUGCGGGCCCGCCGGGCGGGCGGAUUUCACCGGUACAAUUAUCGCGGUUACGCGCGACGUUCGCUCGCGCGGCGAAUCCGAUACGGCGUGCCGUGAUUGCCGUAUUGCGCAGAUUGAACGAAAAAGAAAUGUUUACGUACGAUAAUUCGUCGACAAACGGCACGGGAAAGUUUGGACGGAAAAUCGGUGGUACACCAGUUGCGGGGUUGUCGUUUGUCGUUUACCUUUGGUCACGUUUACGGAACUCUGCCGUUCGUUUUGGGACUACCUAUAGCUGUUUUGUAUUACAGUGUAUCUUAUCUUAUUCGGUCAUUGCUCAUUAACACUAUUGAAGUAUAGCAGGGUCCCGCUUAUAGGAUAUUUUUCACGUAAACUGCAAAGUCCAUUUAUUAUAUGCGCCAGUCUUCGGAGUAGGUUAUCUUCUGGAAAAAAAAAAAAAAAAAAAAAAAAACCAAAANUCCAUUUAUUAUAUGCGCCAGUCUUCGGAGUAGGUUAUCUUCUGGAAAAAAAAAAAAAAAAAAACAAAAACCAAAAAUCAAUAAUAUAAUCAAGCGACUAUAUAUAUAUACGAUGGACACAUUUCAAACAAAACCAAAUCACCCGCUAGAGUAUAUUUCAAUAAUAAUCGAUACUAACGUCAUACUAUUUUACCAAAAAAAAAAAAACAAACUAUUUUGCCAUAUUAUAUUUCAACACGCUUACAAUACAAUAUUUAAUAUUUUAUUGCCGCGUAUCCCUCAAGUGCAGUUCAAGAGCUAUAUAAAAUGGGAACGCUAAUUGCAACAGAUUACUUUCAAAAUUAAUUUAAAAAAAAAAAAAUAAUCUGCUUUUAUUCGUUUCUAAAAUGUAUCUAUAGAUACGAUAUAUGCUUUGCAUGAUAAUAUCGACGAAAAUACAAAAUAAUACAAUGGAUACGAUGUGACUUGAGACCGGUACGACGUUUAACAUUAUAAUUCUUAAUUCAAUUUCAGUAUCAGCCGUUAUAUAUUUUAAUAUCGAGUCUGUGGUGUAUGCGCGCAUAGUGUGUUAUCGUAAUACAAUACGCAUAGUAUUAAGACGUACCGUAUUAUACAAUACCACAAUACACGUCGACAUACCUAUAAAAAAUACAACGAAAAAAAUUCCUAUUUGUUUACGUUUUCUUUUUAAUGAGCAGUCGACCAACUACGAGAGCGCAGGUACUACGAGUUGAGUAUAAGUUUGAACAGCAGACAGUAUAUUAUCGCAUUGUAUUAUUGAACGGAAGAAUUCAUCUCUGCAGAUAGCUAUGCAUACAGCGGUGUACUGCAGUCUUAAGAUACGGAAUAUUUCUGUAGAGUCGUUAAACAAAAUAAUAUAAACAUCAUAUUAUUGUUGUGCCGUUAAUAUAUUUUAAUGAUCAUAAAUCGUACACUGUGUUUUUUUCUUUUAACAAGUAAUUUUUAUUCCAGCGGUUUAGCUCAAAAAAGGUUAGAGAAAAUUGACUACAUUACUAUAACCGCGUGGAAACGUGAUAUUAUAACCGGUUAUUUCCAUAGCAACACGUUAGAAAGCUAAUCGACCGAAAUAUUGUUAUAUUUUAUACGUAAUAAUAUUAUACAGCAUAAUAGAAACAAGCACAAAAAUGACCGUGUACUAAAUGAAAUUUAGUUUCAUCAGAAAUUUAAAUGCAUUCAUAUCAAAUUACGGUAACAAAAAAAAAAGAAAAGAAAAAUUAAAACCAACGUAAUUUGCUAAUCUUGAUAUUAUGUUUGAACGCGACAAGAUCGUAUGGAUUUUCAGAAUCGCAUAUGAGUGCGUUUUACAUAAUCGGCUUUGACCUUAUUUCAUCGCAUGCGCGGUGUCCUGUCCGAGACGAGUUGAUGUUAUCGGAAAAAACUUUUUUUCUCCUCCAGUUUUUUUCGAGUCGCCACACGAUACCAGUACCCGGAGUGCCUAAAGUGCGUUCACAUCAUACAACAACAGUAGUAUUCAGAUAAUUAUUUAUUCGAUAAAGGCCAAAUUAAAGAUUAUACAGUAUGCAGUUAAUACCUCGUCACUAUGGUCUGAGAGUGCAACAGACCCUAAAUUCCUAAUAAUAUACGAUUCUAUGCUCUAAACAAUAAAAACGUAUAACGCACCUAUAAAAUUAAAAAAAUGCAGAAUACGAAUUUGUAACAAAAUCAAUCGCACUUUUUCUGAGUUUCGACACGGCUAUAUUGUUCGAUAAUUUAAGAAUUUGUCGUUUUAUAUAAACCUUGCUAUAGUGUACAAUUAUACGAAUCUUUAAAUACGAUUUCGAAUUUGAAUUUUCAGAUUAAAAAUUGUCCAAAAAUGCCAUACUAAAUGUUUAAUUAUCAUACAAAAACAUACGCAACGGAUUAAUGACGAAACGAGUAGCACGCAGAAACCGUUGGAAAACAAUGAAAUCCUCAGCUCUAUAUUACAAAAAUCGACGAUUAUAAUAAUGUAAUAAUUAGUCUGUUUGAAUAAAAUUGUCCUCUAUAUCGCGAACGUCAUCAUAUUUUGCGUGGGUGCAACAGGAACGCCUGUCUACGCACCCGUGUAGCGUUCCAUAGAAUUCUUUCUCCAAAUCGUAAUUUUAUUUUAAAACGUUUGAACGGUUUGUAACGAAACGAUACUUAUAUUUUUAUUGACGCGAGUCGUCACAAAAAAAAAAAAAAAAAAAAAAAUCGUAAUAAUUACAACCGAUAAUAUUGCGCGUAAAUAUUAAGUUUUUGUUAACAGUUGACAAACUCAGCUAAAGUGGAAAUUAUAUUAAUAUCGAAAAACAAUUUCGCAACUUUAAUGUACGUUGUUAUAUAACAUUAAGUACACGCAUACAUAAUUUUUGUAAGUAAAUCGACCGGCUGUUCCAAAUGAAAUGUCUUUCGAAUUCAAUAAAAAUAAACUGAAAUGGCUUCUCUUUACUCUGUUUACUUUUGUCGAUAUAAUACGAAGGUAUAUAAACUAUAAUUUAUAAUUUUUUUUUUUUUUUUUUCGUAACCAGACCUCGGUCACGGACAAUAGGUACGCGAGAAAAUAAAAUUGGUGAAAUAAAUAAUUAAAAAUUAUCACGCGUGCUUUGUGGAAUGUGAGAGCGAACGCGUUAUAAUUUACCGUACGUGUAAUAGGUACCGGUAUAUUGACAGACGAUAAUAAGUCGUGAUUAUGGGUUCGACUCUCGAUAACUAUUAAGAUCAUGAGUCGUCCAUUUCACGCACGCGUAUUUAUUUAUAAAUAUAAACGUUUUUUUUUUUUUUUUUUUUUUUUUUUUUUUAUCAUGAAAAUGUACGAUUAUUAUUGGUAAAUAACCCGCGUGUUGUGUAAAACUACCAACUAUGACUGUUAACUCGUUUGGCGGAGAAAAAAAAAAUGUGUACUAUUCAUUGUCGUGUGCGCUGGUGACUGCGUCGUACUAUAUGCAGCGGUGUUUGUAUAUUAUGUAUUAAUUAUAUUAUUAGUUAUUACGUGUAAACCGCCAAUCGUCCUUCGGUUUUCUUUUCCAUUAUAUUAUUACCUGUCUAGUAUUUGCUAUUAUUAUAUGGAUCGACAACACUUUUUCAUCGCCCGCGGUCCGUAAAGUCACAAUCACUGCAGUGCUGUUAUAUUUGGACGCUUAGCGAUUCUGAAAAUAUGACCGAACAUGUCGGAGCAUCAACGAAGAACAUCAACGGAGGAAGGAACAAGGGUGAAUACGGUUCAUUUUUAAAAAUAUCACCUGGGAGAAAGGCGGGAAGCCUUAAUAGAAAAAAAAAAAGCUAAUACUGCUGAUGGAUGUGUCACUGUUUUAGGAGAGAAUUUGGAAGGCAGGAUAAUGCAAUUCGAAUCCGUGCUCAACGAUAAACUAUUGCCGAACGUUGGUCGUAUUUUUUCACUUGUAGUCAAGGUUAGCCAGAAAUCAGAAAAAUUGCCCGUUCCCGUAUUGUUUUUAAUUGAAAGUUUGAUUUAUGAUUGAAAAGUUGUUUAUAGACACUAAAAAAAAAAAAAAAAAACAUAUAAUAGUAAACUCAAUACAUUCUUCGCUGUCUAAAAUCUAAAUGGAAUAUUUUAUAAUAUCAAUGUCGAAAGUACAAUCAAUAAAAUAUUAUUAAUAAUUAAUACAAAUUAAUAAAAAAUAAUGUAUUCUUUUUGGCGAUGCGUUGUUUUUCGAUUCGAAGAAUUCGACAGAACUUGUUACCGUACAAAUUAAGAUAUGAGUAUAUGACACGAAUGUUUUAUGCGAUGCAUCUGAACAUAUUUUGUUACGGGAAAUGUACACGUAAUACCGAAUAUCGGACUCGUUUGGGGAUUUUCCUACUCGUGCAACCUUUUUCGACGGGAGCAGUCUGGGAAAAGACAAAAAUGGAUGAGAGCCGUUUGGGUUGCACCGCGUAUUAUAUUAUAUUAGCAUAUUGUUGUAUGCUAAGUGAAAAUUGAAUCGUUAUACUAACUAAAUUCAUGUUCUGUUGAAAUUCAAUUUUUAAAUCAACUUAAUCAUAUUGUAUUAAUAUAAUAAUUAAAGUAUUUAGGGACAAUAGUUUUUUGAUUUUACCAGGAAUUUUCUCGAUGAAUUGGAAAAAUCGUGAAAAACGGGAAAAUAUACAAAAUAUAUUAGUAAAACAUUACGAUUUUUUUUCUGUAGACAACUUUUUUAUCAGCAAUUUCUCUCCAAUUGUCGGAGGAAAUCUGACUGGAGAGGUACUUUAGAGAUGUAAUUUUUCGACUUUUCCAAGAGUUUUCCCAGCAAAUGGGAAAAACCGGGGAAAAACACGGGAAAUCGGGAAAAUCGAUACAAUAUUAAACAAAUAUUAUUAAAGAAAAUAUUCAAUGCCUAUUUCAUUAUUUUACCAUUAUAUGACAUAUAUAUUGUUCAAAAAGCAUCACUAUUAUCUGAACUGAAUCGUCUUUUCGUGUUAGCAAUGGUUUAUCGUUGCUCACAGAUAUACAUUCAAUUACCUAUAACAGUGGCUGCACUCGACCCUAUUGUCCUAGGACAUCUUUUUAUAUAUUUUUUUUAAAAAUAUAAAUGGAAUAUUUUUAGCGAGACACCCUUCCCUGGAUUUAACCGAUAGGCGCGCGCAGACGUGUAGUGUAAUACAGGUAAGUAUAGACACGUAGUUAAUACUUUUGAACGAUGUAAAUUUGCACCGUAAAAGUAGGUAGGUAUGCGGUUGCAUAUUAUGUUCUGUGCGAAUCGCGAUCCGUAUAACUCGGCAAUUAUUAAAAUUGUAUUAUGAUGGUCUCAUUGCGUAUAGUAUAUUGUAAAACACGACGGGAAGUGACCGAAUUAAAACUAGUUAACUCUUAAAACGCAUUAUAAUAGGAUGCAUUAUCUUUUAUUAUAUUUAAACUGCGAGCGAAGAUACAAUAUAUUUCGUCGUACUGCAUAUCCCGAAAACAAGCAAUGGUAUAUGCAGCAUUAACCGUGGGUAUUAACUAUAGUUAGAAAGCUAGAAUUACGUUAAAAAGUCAAUUUUAUUAAUAACCUUAAACUCGACCGCUUAGUUUCAAUUGUAAACAAUUUUCUAACUCGUACUCUAACUUCUUUACUCGUAGUUUUAAACAAAUUGUCAACAUUCAUAGUUAACCAUUCCUAAGAACUCUAAAAUAAUUUAUUUUUAAGGGAGAACGCAUAAUCUGUUUUUUUUUUUUUUUUUGCUCAAAACGUGCAUUACAGAAAAAUCUCUCAGACCUUGUAGAAUGAUUCGAUUUAUAAAAUGUAUUUUUUAUAUCAGAAAGAGGAAAAUUCCUAUAGGAUGUAUAUUAUGUAACCAAGAACUAACAAUAAUUUUUUUUUUUUUUUAAUUAUAUUUUAUUUAAUCAGUUAUAUAUUUAACAAAGCAUAUUUUUUAAAAAAAAAAAUAAAGCUAUCUUUUUUAAGCUGGAGUUUGUGGUGAAAGCAGAGAGUUAAAAAGAUUAGGUACAUUAGUUUAGUAUUAGUUUAAAAAAAAAAAUAGGUCGUAUUCAACUCUAACUAUAGCGUUCAGAAAUAUAAUUUUUAAAAUCCAAGUCUAAUGUGCUCUGUAAAAGCCUUCCUAUUUCCGACAAAAAAGAAGAUGAUCGUUAUAUUUGAAACCUACAAUACCGCAACAUAGCGAGAGAAUAAUAAUUGGUAUUAUGGCCAAUAAUGAUCUAUGCGAUAAGAUAAAGUAAGGAAAAACACCGAAAAAAAUGAAAAAAAAAUGUUUAGAAGAUCUUUAUAGAGUCACAAAAUAAUUGUAACUUAAUUCGAUUGCAAUCAUUUAGUUUAACUUUUGAAUGGACCAGGCUUUAGGUUAGUGACAUAAAAACAAUAUAGAUGUUUUAUAUCUUUACGCAUUUUUCUAACUUAUUUUUAUUAUUUUCACCGAGUGACUUCUAGUUUAACUAACUUUGACACUUUUGUAAAUUAAAACAAAGUACAACUUCCAAUAGGUUUUGUAUUAAAUGUAACUUAACUUGAAUGAAUUAGUCAGAAAAGUUCACAAUACUUGCUCGGCUUUAGCGUUUACUCAUUAAACAUAGUUGAAAACUGAAACUAAUACCUACUGAAUAUAUUCAAUGUACAUUUAACUGUAGUUGGUGUGUACAAUAAGUUGGGUUGGUAUUUUUACAUUUAAAUUAAAAUUUGCUGUUUAUUUAAUAAUUUCCAUUACCUCGUGACCAUAGAACAUUGCUUCAGAGAUUUGCAUAUCGUUUUCGAGGUGAUUAAUUAGCUACGUUAUUAUUAUAUCGUUACCAUCGAUAACAACGAACAUUCUCCGAGCAAAACGAAUCGGGUCGAUCGAAAGCAUAUUAGGUGUAAAUACGAUGUUUUAUUUGAUCUUCGCGAUCUAUAGACAAUAUCGUUGCACCAUAUGCGCGUUCUACGAUGAUAAUAAUUGAUCGACGCUCUCAAACCAAAAACGCACCAUCACAUUAUUAUUAUUGAAUUCGAUAGAUUUGAUAGAUUAGAAAAUGCGUUCGGGUUCGUUUGAAUACGACGCGACGACGACGUCAGUGAACAAUAGAAUAUUUAUGCUAAAAUUAUAUCGUAAUCGUAUAAUAUUAUAGUUAAAACACGGUUGUGUAGGGUGGAGUCGCUGCUUACGCGUAUCAGCAUCCCUACUAUGACCACUCAUUUUUUUGUAUACAGUGUAAAUUUGUAAUUUGAUAAGCUAUUAUAAUAUGGUUAUUGCGGCACUUAUUUACUUGCACAAUAAAUAAUUGACUGGGUGAUAUCCAGUAGUGUAUUGGAAGGUGUAUGGGGGCGUAUAUCCCGAUCGUAUUUAUUAAUCGUAACGUUGAACGAAAAAAUGCAGUUUUAAAAUACUGAUGUACAUUUCUUAUUCCGUAAUGUUCAUCAUUAGAUUUUGCGAAUCAAACUAAUCAUAUUGGCAAAAUUUUAAACGUAAUAAUUAUGAUUUAGUUUUAAAUUUAUUUUCAAUAAACUUAGAUAUAUUAAAUUAAAUAUUAAAAGGAAAAAACUGUCUCGUAGAGUGAAGGCGAGGAUAAUAUUAUGACGUUGUUAUUACUUGACGAAAUAGUAGUAGGUAUAAUCUUCCGAAAUAACGAACAAAUCUUAGGCAUAUUAUAUAUCGUUAGGUCGGUAUUUAUUGACUGCCUAUUUAAUAUUAAAAUAUACACAAGUACGUAUGUUAUCAUCGGUGUUCGUGAAUUGUUCCCUAAUCUCUAAAUCGAAUAAGAGUUGCGGUCCGAGUUUAUGAGAGAGACCACACAAUAGUUAACACUUCAUAUUAUUUAACACCUUUUUUUAGAUUCUAAACGGAACAAAGAAUAUAUUGGUUUUACAAUGUUAUAUUUUUUUUUUUAUCUGAACACUUUUUCUACCAGAAAGCUUACUUCAAUUAUCAAGUAUAGCAUCUUUUCUGAAAGGAAAUGUCUUUUGGGUGUUACUUUAAAGAGGUCAUUUUUUGAAAUUCUCAUUAAUAUUCAUUAAUAAUGAGGAAAAUCUGGUUCGUUAGGUUAAAAAAGAUUGAAAGAUUAAAAAUAAAGUUGUCAUCGGUAACCGUUUUUGUUUAUUUUUUGUUUUUAUUAUUUUAAUAUUUUUUAAAAAAUAAUUGUUGUCAUGGAAACGCACAUUGUUGUAAUCAUUUUACCAUAAAAUUACAUACAUAUUAUUGAACAAAGCAACACUAUCAACUGAAUUCCACUCAGAAGAAUUUUUUUAUUAGCAAUGGUUUAUCGUUGUUUACAGAUAAAUUCCCAUCUGUAUCUUACCUUCCUAACUUACCACCUACAACAGUGACUGCAUUCACGUGCGAAUUAUGCCAGUCUUUUUUAUUUUUUAUUUUUUAUUUUUAUCAGUUUUACUGUAUGUUUGUAUUCAGUGUUACCUCAAUUAUAAUAUUUAAAGGAGAUAAUCAUUUUAUAGCUCUUACGAUUUUUCACACAGCAAUAGGCACCUUUAUACAUCAUCUUUAAGUAUUUUAUGAAAACUGAAUUUGUAGUCUUUGUAGGUUAUAAGUUGUAUAAAUGGUUUCAAGUUUUCACUAUUGACAAAUUUUACGAAUAAUAAGACUCGACUGUAUAUGUGCACUUUAGUUUUUGUAUCUGUAAAUAGGAAAGACUAGUAAUUUUUGUUGAUUUCUGGAUUACUUUCGCAAUUCAAUUAGGGAGAAAAUACGGCUAGAUAAUAAUACUUUUAUCAUAAUCGUUUAUUAUUGGGCACAGGUAUGAAUUAAAUUAUAUUCUAAAUUAUUACCUUUCGUUCAACUUUUCUCCUAAAAACAGUAGCACACCCAUCAGCAGGAUCAGCCUUUUUUUUUUAUUGAUAAUCUAUAAUAUUACAUUUAUUGUAAAAAAUGUUCUUACGGAAAUUCAAUCUAAAUCUACGUUAGUAAAAUAUGGACAAUUAAAACGAUUCGCGCCAUACUCAACAUCAUUGUUCUUUUUAAUAAUAGGUAUUUUCAUCUACUCCUUAAGUUUAAGAUAAAAUGUAGUUUGCAGGUAGGCAUAUUAAAUUACAUUUUUUAGAAGAUCAUAUUUAAACGUCAAGAAAUCAUACACGUGCCCGUAACCUCGAAACGCAAACGAUAUUAUGUUUACUAAUUAUUUUUUAUUUUAUUUUUUUUUUUUUUAUCACCCAGAAAACGAAUAAAAUAUGCAUUUUUUUUUUCAAACGUCUUCACUGCAUGUUUUCCACUCUUACGGCUUUAUUUCGCGAUUUCUGUCGUCGAGGCCAUCACCCGGCAAAAUAAAAUAUAAAUCUUCAAGUAAACUUUAACAAACCAUUUUUAUACAAUCUAGGUUAACAAAUCUAAUCACAAUUUUGGACAUUUAACGGCAGCAAUAAAACUCAUGUAUGAAAAUGCUUUACAUUUUUACUACUAUCGCGUACACAAAAAUAUAUACAGACGUAUUAUUAUACAACUAAUACGAGUAUGACGUUCAUCCGAUGGCAGUUAAAACAAAACAAGUGCAUUAUUUCCGUUGUUAUAUCGUCUCAACGUUUUAUACUAUGCAUACGUAUUAAUAUAAUAGCCAGUUGAAAGAUUUGAAAAUUUGGUACGCGUGCAAGUUCUUAAUAUUAUUUCGUGUUAGUUUAAAAAUAUUGAAAUAUAUUUAAACUUACAGUACAAUAAUAUUUGCAAUAGUUUAUUAUAAUAGAAAAGACCUUCGCUGACGAAUGCGAAUAAUAUUAAAACGUUCAAAACGGAUUUAUAUUUUACCAACGGUCUCGUACGAUUAACUACAGCCGAACACGUGCGUCACUGAAUUAAAAACAACAAAAACAUUUAGUGAUAAUAUUAAGUUCAGUAUAAAUUGUAUCAAUUAUUGUGAGUUGAUACUAUGAUUUGAUAACAAAUUCAAAACUUUGUGCCGUUCUCAAUUAUAGAUAAUAAUAUAAUCGUGGUUCUAUACGAGUAGAUGUUACAGUGUUCACACUACAAGAAUUUGUUUUCAUUCUGAAUAUUAUCAUUGGUUAUAAAUUAUUUAAUUAAUAAUUAAUGGUAACGCUGAAGUCAUAAUUUAAGAUACCCAGUGGUCGUUGCAGAUAAUUGAAAUAGAUUAAAAACGCUUAUCAACCUAACCUAACUGAUGAACACGUUAAACAUUUCACGUUAUAAGUUAUAAGUUAUAUAUUUUAAAACAAAUUUUACACUUGCUGUUGGUUAUAAUGUUCCUAAUUUUUCUAUUUUUCUUUAGAAUCGACUAAAUGGCCUUUGCAUAUUGUCGGUACACAAAAACAUAACGGUCAUACCUGAUGAAGUGCUCGAUAUUCUUUCACUGUCCACAAGAAAAUUAGACUUUGUUUUAUAGUAAAAUUUUCAUAUUGUUUGUAUACAAUGUGAUCUCAAUUUUUCACAACUUGUUUUGUUUUUACACCCCUAUAUAGAUAUUAUGUGGUCCAUGAUAAACGAAUCACCCUGUAUAAAUAAACCAUAUAAUAUAUAUGUUUAUACGUUUAAAUGAAUAGAUAUGGCUGUUAAAAUCUAUAUAUCCCCCUCCCGCCGCCGUGUAAUAAUCCUAGAUCCUGAUUUGAACAAAUAAUAAAAUAUUGAUCAUAAACAGUGGCGCAACCAGAGGGAUUGUUGCCUCUGAUCUGGAUACCCCGCUACAUCCGUGUCUAAGUAAUAUAAAUGUGUUAAAAAAAAAAACGUGUUUUUAUUUUAUAAUGUAGACAUAAAACACCCACCCCCUCUUUAAAAAAUCUCGGUUACGUGUCUCAAACUCGAAUCGACUAAAUAAAAAAAACCGAAUAAAUGUUUUCCUUCGAAACAUAAAGAUGAAAUCAAUGAGUUACACUGGUUUCAAAAUUAAAAUUCGACGAUCGGCAGUGGGCGGAUUUCACGCCAGUCUAUUGGUUUAAAACCUCAUCGAAACGAUCGUACCCAUUCCCUUAAGUGGUUAUCGGACAGUAAGUCGAUGAAAAAUGUCUUAUCGUUAAAUAAUUUGUAUGAGAAAUAUUACUUAUAAUCGGAGGAAAUUCGGGAAACUGAUUCCAAUCCCCUCAAUAUUAUUAUUUAUUAUUAACUUGUUGAAAUACGAUAUUCAAACCGUAUCUGGUGAAAAUUGUACGGAAAAUAUAGAUUAUACUCAUACCCGUCGGUGUCGUAUACGGGUUUCCAGAGAAAGUAGCACGCAGACUACGUAGGUGCGAUAUGCUCGUAAGUAAUCAUUUAUAAUUAAUGUUUUCUACGAUUAAAUCUAAUUUUAAUAAUACGUCUCAUAAACAAGCCGCUAAACAAAAGCCGUCCGAAAUAAGUAUUGUUAAAAUUAACAUCGAAUAACAUCCGUUGAUUAUACAUUAUCAUAAUAUUAUAUUUAAAUCGACAUGUAUGUUUGUUAAAACAAAAAAAUAAUAAUAAUAAAAAAUGUUACGUUACAUGUCACGGAACGGUCUAUAAACUCUAUAAAAAAAUUAACAUAAAACGCGGUUUUAUGUGUUUUUUUUUUUUUUUUUUUUUUUAAACAUAGUGGGCGUUUUCAUGUCCGAUGACCGAAAUAAAUAGUACCUACAUGUAGAUGCUUUGCGAUAAAACACGAUUAGGGACUCGUUAAUAAUUAUUUUUAUUAGGCUAUUUAAUUAUCAGGACGGUGCCGCUAAUCAUUGACGCUAUACGCUAACUAUUUUGUAUUAUGCGGACAAAUUAAUGAAUGAUAUUAACUCGGCGAAGUUCAUUUGAAAAAUUUAAUUAACUUAAUAACUAUUUGUGUUAAUUUAUUUUUGUAAAAUUUUCGUUAUUUUAGUACAAAUUAUUAAACCUAUAGGGAUUGUAUUUUUUUUUUUUUUUCAAAUAAGUGUGACAAACGUAUAGAAUAGGGGGGAUAACAUCUUGGAGAGGUGGAAUAGACUAUUAUUUAUAAUAUGAUAUUGCGUAAAUUCAAACAUGCAUAUUGUAAAGUUCAAAAUAAUUGAAAUUGACUCGACGUGAUAUAAUUCGAAAUUAAUUAUUUAUUUAUUAAUGAAAAAAAAAACAGGUUUAGUCAAAAGUUAGGUUAGUUAAAAACCAAAGGCAAAAACUAAGUUAAAAGUCGAAUUUAACAUAACUUUUAUAAUCUUUUAACUCGUUAAUGCUCAGCUUGAAUUUCAGCAUGAUUUUUUUUUAAAAUUUCUAAGUUUCUAACGAUAUUUCAGUCUACGAAUUGGCGAUACAACUUUCUUUUCUUUUGUUUUUAUUUAUUUUUUCAUCUUAUUUUCCAAGCAAUUUAUAAUUUUUUUUAUCUAAAACAUUUGUUUUUCAACUAAAAAUGUACCGAUGUAUAGUUGUUUAAAUUUCAAACGUUAUCUUUUGGAUAUUAUCGAUUUGGGUGAUUUUUUUUUUUUUAUCAAAUCUUAUGAAAUACAUUUUAAACGUUCGCAUACCAAUGACCGUAUUUUUUGAACUGUCCUAUUUUUUAUAUUAGAACGUUCAUAAAACGACCAUCUACGAUAAGAUUUCAUUUUGAAUUAGAGACCGCGGUGAACCACGACGAUUUAUAAUCACAUCAAAAAAAAAAAAACAAGUUAGACUUGAUUUUUAAUCAUUUUCGCGCGUGUAUUUCUUAAAAAACAUUUGAUUAGCACACAUUAUUCUAUAGCGCAAUUUGAAUAUUAAGUAAUUUUAAAAAUAAAUCACCCAUGUGCGAUGUAGCGAUAUCACUUUUUUAUUAAAAAACAUUCUGUACGCGACGGUUCAUACAACCGUGUGCAAAAUAGAAUGACCGAAUUCAUUAUUGAAAUAAUAAUAAUACUUGUUCGUAAUUUGCUAGCUAGUAUUUAAGCGACUAACAACAGUCAAUUUUUGUAUGGGACCAAUUACAUUAUAAUGACCUAUCGUGACCGGUUAAUAUGUUUGUAUAGUAUUAAACGUACCCGUGUGAACAUUACUAUAGCAUUUAUAACAAUAUCGGAGAAAGUGGAUUUAUUUCUAUCGAGAUUAAACGCGCGCGCGCAUUCCGGGAUAAAAUGUGUAUCAGGAAUAAUGUCAUGUUGUUCGAAAAAUUAUUAUUAACCGGGUAAAGAAUGAAUAACGAGUAAUGCCCGAAGAUAGAAGGGGAGAUAAACGCGCAAAGAAAUAAACGAAAUCGUUAAACUAGACUCGGGUGAAAGCUAUAUACGUAUUUUAUUUUCGACCACUUAUGAUUUUUUUUUUUUCUUUCUUUCUUUUCGUUUCGCGAGUUCUUAUUUAUACAUAUAUAAAAAAAAAAAAAAAAAAAAACACCCGGUAACUCGGAUAAACGUAGUUUUUGCGGGACUUUUGCGAGGGGGUAGUAGUAACGUCGCCAGUACUUAUUUCCCUGUGUACAAUUCAAAGUUCCGUCAUUUGUCAAACCUAUCGACACUAGCCUAAGCUGGACAGUUAUUAUAGUUCGGAAGUUUAGAGUUAAUUUUUUUUUUUGUUUUUUUUUUUGAUAGCUCUUUAAUUUAAUUAGACAGUUAAAAAAAAAAGACAGACCAUUGUAAAUCAAAACUCGAUUAAUUCUUUUAAUAACUAUUUUGAAUUUAUUUCAGUUAUAUUAAGUUAUUUACGAAUAUUUUAGUUUCCGAGUGUGAAUCCAGGGCUUCGAAUGUCAAUCGAUUCCGGUUUACUUUUUAAAAAUAAAUUUCGAGUCAACGCGGUUGUCGUUAUUUUUGUUUUUCUUCCGGCGUGACUUAAACGCUCAGAUUAUGAUCGGACUAAAAUGUCGUCGUUGACUCGUUCGACGUGAUAACGCUGGUUGGUAAGCGCGCAAAGUCGCCGUGCGGAAUGUUAUCGACGCAACACGGACACGGCGCGGUAUGGUUAUUGCGUGACCGCGUCGCGCGUUUUAACCGACGCCGUUUGCAAUUUUCAACGUAAACAAUACGGCGACGUUUUCUCCGUGUCAAAAGCGGACGGCUGCACUGGUCCGCGCCGACGGUACGCGGUAGGUCGACGCGCACCGCACCGGCGAACCGUUCCGUGAAACAAUUGUGCCGGGCGCCCAACGACCACGCGGCGCGCGUUCACAAUUUGAACGGUACUACGGAAUGGCACGGGCGUUUCUCGCGCGACCCCGGCUACCGGGAAACGUAAUUUUAGAGUACGAUACGCGCGUGUCGCAACAGCGUAUACGGCGAUAGCGCGCGUCACGUCAUUGUGUCGCGGUAAACGCGCGACGGUAGCGCGGGCAGGCGUUUAAACUCGUCGCUCGUCCGAUCCGCCGGGCACCGUACACGGGGGGCGCCCCCCGAGUACGUACGACGGGUUUUUUUUUUUUUUUUUUUCAAGUACGCGACAUCAAUUUGCCAAAUGGUAUACACACAACGACGUAUCUACCAUAGGUAACCGUAACGAUACCGCGUUCGAUAAUAACAAUAUUACGUAUACAGCGUGUCGCACAGACAGGUACUAUAAAAUACUCGUAUUCAUUGUCGCUCUCGUGCGCGAUAAAGAAGAACGUUUUUGCUAUGCGAUAUGGUAAAUAAUACCCGGUAUAGUGAUUGUUAGAAAAAAUUAUAUUUGCGACGGUUCCAAAACGUUUUUUUUUUUCUUCUUCAAAUAGAGUCUGUUGUCAUGUAUUAUGUGUUAUUUCUAUUAUAUUAUUGUGUAUUAUUUUCCCACUAUACUUUUGCACACUUUUAGCGGCCCUUCUGGACGGAAUGCGCAUAAACUCGGGAUUUCAUAUUUAUUUUUUUUUUUUCUACAGGCGGACAGUAAUGAUUAAAUUUUGGUUAAAUUGUGUAUUCGAUUAUAUUAGGCUUUUUUUUUUUUUUGUUUUUACAUAAGAAAAACUAAACCAAAAUAUCGAAUCUAGGAGGUACUAGUCACGUUUAUUUUUCGGCUGCGUGCUACAACUCUACAAGUUAUAGUGUGUUGCGGUAUUAUAAUAAUUAUAGGUACAUUUGAAAGUAAGUCAAAUUUUCAUUGAAAAAAAAAAUAAUAAAAAAGAACCAUUCGACCUCGGUUUGCGUUUGUAAUGGUGUAUAAGUCGCGUGGGUACGAAUGUUUCUAUAGAUUUCCAUUUCUCAUUGAUCUCGGAGUUAUAAUUUUCAUAAUCAUAUCCAUUUGAGUUAACGUUUGUUUGUUUGUUUGUUGUUUUUUUUUUUUUUCUAACUCGAAUACGCAUCAUUCGUUAAUUUUUUAUUAACAAAAAGAAUUACUCAGUCGACAACAAAUAACAUUUUAUCUAUUUAUUUAUGUAAUUUACAAGCUCUACCUAUUUUCGAUUAUAAACGAGAUGCAAUUUUCUGUUGAUUCGUUAAUUUCACUGGCGUUGAUAUAGUUUUUGCCAAUUCGUCUAUGAAAGACGAAAAAAACGUAGGUACACAACAGAGUACAACAUCAAUGUUAAUGAAAAACAUAGUAUUAUAGUUCGAUCGUUUUCAGCUCUUAUUUUUCAUAAUAAUAUUUUCGUCUUUUGGCAGUAAAAUACUUAUAUACGCAAGCUAUUCAUUUUGCGAUAUAAUUAAACUAAAUACGACGCGUAGACAUUGUGGUGUAUAGUUUUGUGAAACGAAAUUAUUUUACCGAGCCCACUCGCUGGGAGAUCGGUCCCGAACAGUAGCUGGACAGAGUUCAGUCGAGACCCACCCGCUGAUAAGAAUAUACCUAUCUACUAUUGUGUACGCUUACGAAUAUGAAAACAAUUAUUUCGUACCUUUCUUGAUAUUAAAACUAUCUCGCAGCCGAGGCUAUGAUAAAAAUCCGUUCUCCCAUUUUCUACUCAUCAACAAGUCUCCCACCGAGACAUCCAAUAUCAAAUUUAAAAUAAAUAUCUCACGAUAUAGCAUCAAUUAUGGGUAUCUCAGAACACUAAACUCAAUGAAAUAAAACGGGACAUCUACUCCUGGUCUUUCCCCAAUAAAUUCAGUAGAAAGUUCGAGGUGAUAUUACCACGUCUCCGAAUCGGACACAAAAAAUUAACUCGCAGCUUUCUAAUGGUCCACCAAUUUGCCCUUUCUGUGGUGUCACCAUCACUAUCAAGCACGUUUUCACUAAAUUCAGAGUAAGCAAUCAUCCACAGGUGACGCACACCUCGGAAAAUCGUAACUAAAAAAAUUAGCGCUCGGUGCCAAAAAAAUGUAUACCGAUAAACAAAAAGAAAAAAACCUGUACGUCGGCGUUCACUCGUACGUUCGUUGUAAAAUUUUGCAAAUUUAGAAGUUUUAGUAUUUUCAUUGGUACCUCUCUGGUUACUGCGCCCUAUGGUCAUAGCACCUCAGUGCACCGAUACCUUUUCCUAUAGACACAACUCGAGACUUAUUCAACAAAAAUAAAUACAUCCAGUGGCGUGUUUAGGAUGGUUUGGACAAUAAAACAACAUUGGUUAGUCACAAACGAAUCUUUAGUGGAUUAUUGACACCUGUUGAAUGUCAUAAUAAGACCUAACCUAACUGUUCGAUUAUGUUAAUUUUAGCACAUUCGAUAAUUUUAGCGACUAUAAUAUACACGAUCAAAAAAUAAUGUUUGUGCCAUGCGUUUUUUUAUCGCAUCGCAUAAAGACCUACACAUGAAGUUUGUGUCGAAGGUACUUAGUAACAUCAUUUUGAGUGUGAAUCAGUUAAAAACCGAUGCAUCAUCGAUGAGAAUGACGCGUGACAAAAAUCCGCAGUGUCGAAAAUUUACCAAGUGUGUGUCACGCCGAACUCCUAGGUAUAAAGAAUUAUUUUAGUUUUAAAAUUUUUAUUGAGGUAACUGUACUAUAUUAAAUAUAUAUAUGUAUUAGUUAUAUAUUAUUCCGUUUCUUCUAAAAAUUAAGUACAAACAAUAUUAUACAUUGUGGUUCGUAUAAUUUUUUUUUUUUUUUUUGCUGAUAAUCCAAUUUCGAUCGUCGAGUAAAAGAAAACAAUUUCCGAAUCAUAGACGUACUCGUUAUUUUUGACCGAUAAUUGGUUAGUUCCUGGGCCAUCUAUUUUAAUUUUAGACGAGCCGCUGUUUUGCUCGUGUAUUCGUAGUGUUCGCGUGUCGCAAGUACUCGCCCACCGUGUGCGUGUUCGUCUAAAAUUAUGAAAAAAAAAAAAAAAAAACACUAAGUAAUAAUCGUAUAUUGGUCAAAGAGAAAGUACCGUAACGCACAAUACACGUAUAUUUUUUAUCUGUACGUAAUCUAAUUACCCGUAUAUGCGUUUCGUUAUAAGCGCAUUAUUUUACAACGAUAUCCAUAUAUUUUACACCGAUUUCGACCGAUUAGACGUCUGCACUUCCGAUUAUUAAAAGAAAACCUCUCCAAUGUCAAUGUUAAUGCAAUUUUCUACAAUCGAAUUUGUUUAGUAGUUAGUAUUAUAGCUAUACGAAAAUAUUAUUGUGCCAGCCCGGCAUUUAAGAGGCCACGUAUUAUGACAUUUUUACGAAAUUGCUGAACAAGUAAAAUGUAUCGAUCAAAAAUAUUAAAAUUCACUUUAUAAUAAAUGUAUGCCGUUUAAUCGUGAGAGUGAAAACCUCUAAACGCCGUGCAAUAACGUUUGAAACACCGAGGAAAAAAUAAACUGUUUUGAACUUUUGAUUUAUUUCAUUUCAGUUUCUGUCGGAUUAUUUAUUAUAAUAUAUAAUAUUAUUAUUUUUUGCAAUUAAAAAAAACUUCGAUAAAACUCGGAAAAUAUUAUACUUUAAACCGUGAUGGUAUUAUGUUUUCUGAUUGUAAGCACCGAUAACGUCAUUUCGAAGCCGGAUUUUUAAAUUUUAAUAUUUUUAUACGAGGGCUCAAAAUCGAUUUUUUUUUUAUUUACCGGUUUCCUUAUGGUUUUUCCAAAAGAGAAAACUACUUCACUCAGAAUCGUUUUUUGCUUGCAAUGAUUUAUCCCAAUUGCUUUCAGUAAUUUUUAUAAAUAACUAAAUUAUCAAUUUUGCCAAAUUCCCAUCACCUACAUCAAUUUAUUACUUAUGUAAUACGAAUGAAUAUUUGGCAUUAUAGGUUAGGUUAGGUAUAGUUGUCCCAAUGGACAAUUUGAUUGUAAAUAUGAAACACUACUCGACAAUUUACUAUACGAUAUUAUCUUGCACAAUGUAGUCUAAAAUUUGGAAAUAAUAUAACAAACCCGAAAAGUGUCUGUACAACCUGUUUUAAAUGUAUAAGAACUUCUAUUUUGAAAUAUUUGAUUAAAUUUUUCUCCGAAUCUCAUAAAAAUAAAUCCUAUUAAAAGGGACGAAUAAUAUUAUAGCUAUUCGCGAAUAUUUUAAUUUAUUAUCUCAAAAACAAGUUGUAAUCUGUACAAUAACAAUAGUUUUAAAAUACUUUGGUUAGAUGUAUGAUGUAUACUUGCGUACACGCAGUUUCAUAACAAUGAAAAAAAAAAAAAAACCUCUUCAAAUCCACAAUUCAACGGUGUUGAUGAUAUUUUGUCCCAAGGAUACUUUAAUUUAUUAAAAACUGUAAAGCUUACGUACACCUACCUACUCGGUACAAUACAUUUGGUUAAAUACAAAGUGUUAGAAAAAAAUAACACAGUAUCCACUAUUAACACACUUUUGAACGGAAUCGUACAUUGCGAAUUACGACAAAGCAAAUACCAUUAGUCGUGUUGUACAAACUUCACAGUUGGUUAUAUCCUAAUUUGUUUACGUACUGUUAUCGCGUAAAAAAAUAUAAUAGAAGAAAGUAUAAAAAAAAAAAAAAAAAAAAAUCAUAAUUGGUUUUGUUCGCUGUAAAAAUAUUUUUGUGGACGUACUUACCCAGUAAAUCAUUAUCAAAUAUUGUAUUUUUAUUUUUUUGUACACGUACAAUUAUUGUUGUAUGCUAGCGUUAUGUGCAACACGUUUACAACCAAACCUUAUACUCAACCAUACUUAUAACUGAACAAAACGAAUUACUAUUUUUUUUUUAGAAAUGUUGGCCGUUUUUUGAUACGAAGACACGUUAUUUUCUUAAUACUAAUAGUGUAUACUGGACACUAACGAGUUUAAAAAUUAAUUUUAACCUUUGACUCAGCUAUUAAUUUGACUUGUUUUGUUUACAUCGUUUAAUAAAUAACAAGUUGAUUUUAAAUUUUAUCGCAUAAAGUUAAUUCCUGUUUUUAUUGACUUGAAUAAAAUAAUUAUUGUUAAAAUCUACAAUCUACACAUUAUACGAAUUUUAUAUAUUAUGGAUGUGUAUAUUCAUAUAAUAUGUUCGUAUAUUAAAACCGUCGUAUAAACAAUACAUUUCUGUUCCGAUUUAAAUUUUUUUGGGGUGAGGGAGAGGGGAGAAAGCGAUUGAAACUUUACUAUACAUUUGCUACGCUCCUCGAUUCAUUCGACAAUCCUUAUUUUAAAAAAAAAAAUUAGAAUUUUGAAAACUAUGUAUUUUUUUGGCUUAAUUAAAUUUUCAAAAUAGCUUUUAAUGUCUUAACUCAUUAGCAUUUUUAAAAUCAACUUAAAUUAACUGAGUUAAGAUAGAUAAUUUGGCCUUUAUAUUGUAUUAAGCCUCAAAAGGACGUCGAGGACGUUAUCUGUGGGAGUAAAUUAUUUAUAUUAGUAGAAUUUACAUACUAAUUGGCAGAAUUUAUAUUAGUAGAAAUCAGUCCAAUUCAAUUUCUCCCAAAAACAACGUAUAUGACAUAGGUACACGAAUUUCGUUUUGUUGCUAUUGCUUGCGAUUUAUGUAAAAUAAUGUACAAACAUGCAAGUAGUAUGCACUGUAUUGUACAAAUAAUUUGAUUUAAAUACAAUUGAAAAUUGAUGAAAUUUAACAAUUACAGUAGACGGAACCUGUACAGUGUACACGUUAGGUUAAACGACAACGGCGAUGCGACGCCCGACGACCGUUAUAAUAAUUCGUCGUCCUACUCCGAUAACUCGGUUAACAGAUUCUUCGGACACGUCUUACGAAAUACUAACCUAGUAACGUCUUGCGGUACGUACUAUAGUAAAACCGCAUUCGUGAUCUUUGAACCGAAUUCCACGUACACUACGUAUAGUAGUGGUUUGUAUAGCAACAUACGUAUUAUGAACUCUUGGCAGUUUAGGUAAAGAGGGUAAUACUAUUUCAUAAAGAAUUAAUAUUCUCGGUCUCCGAUAAUUCGAAAACCGGUCUCGCAGGAUAAUAAUAUAUUGGUAUUGUCGGGAAAAAUAGGGCUUAAAAAGGUCAACAAUCUCUGAAAAAAACAUUUAAAAAAAAUACUUAAAAAUCUUAAAACGUUAGAGGAGUUUGAAAUUUUCUCCACUGACGGUUCUAACUUAUUAAACAAUAAUGUUUUCUAACACUACAAUAAUGAUUUACACAUAGUGAUUUUUUUUUUUUUAAGUACGUACAGUUUUCUUCAAACAACAUCACUUUGUAUUGUGUUAUGUUGUUAGUUUUGUAAUAUUGAAAAAUGUAAUUUAAUAUGUUACAGCCGUCGGAAGAAAGACUUUUCUACCACUUUUGCUUUUUAAUUAUUUUUAACCGAAUUGCACAAAAAAAAAUAAAAAAAAAUAAUAAUAAAAUAAUCGGAAAUAAUGAAACUAUUAUUUCUGUAAGCUUCCUGUUUUUCUAGGUUUUUCCCGAUUUUCCCCAAUUAUUAUAAAAAUUAUAAAAACUAAAAGGAAAAUAAUAAUAAUAACAAAAAAAAACAACCUCCCGGUAAUAAAUCAACCAAAUAGAAUUUAAUUUAAAAACGCUAAAAUUCAAUUUCGGAGCAAGAUUUCUGGUAAAAGAGUGAUUAUUUUUAACAAACGGAAAAAAGCACAAAUCGUAGUAAAACCGAUACAUUCAUCGCUGCGCUGAGAACCUAAAAUGUUUUUUUUUCUAUCUAAUUCGAAGUUCUUAACCUAACCUAAUAUCACGUUUAUAAUAUUAUGUACUUACGGUAAUAGAACAACGAAUUCUCAGGACGAACAACACGCAUAUUUUAUAAUAUACCAUAUUGUUAUUACACAUUAUUAGGUGUAUAAGACCGCUGAAAUGAUAUUUUAAUUAUAACACGGUGAUUAUUAUUUUUUUCUACGUCGGGUCUUAUUAAAAUCGAGUAGGUGUCUUACAGUUAUACCAGGUCAAUGUUGAGAAUUCGUACACGGGCUAUUAUUUACAGUGAUGCCGUGCACAGUGCGCUAUUCGUAUAGUUAAUUAAAACGGUUUUUCCACCACAUAAACCGGUAGAAAUUAGUAAAAUGCUUAAUUAAAUUUGUGGACCGUGCGGAAACUAAUUAGUAAAUAGUAUAAAGUACCACCCGUAUACCGAAUCGACCUCAUAUGAAAAAAAAAAAAUAAAAAAAAAAUCGAUUAUGCACACAUAUUAUUACUAAUAUUAUUAUUAUAAUAUUGCUAAUACAUUUUAUUCUUGCGCGUUUCGAUUUGUUUAAAAUCAUUCCUGUAUUAUUCGACCGUAUUUCGUUCUUAAUUAUGAAUUAUUAUUAUGUAAAAAAAAAAGUCGGUGUAUAAUUCGCAUUGUUUUGGCGUGUAAUUUUUUUUCUCUUAAACACUUUGGGUGUUUUUUAGAUUCUGAGCGGAGUUUUACAUUGAUGUUUAUUUAUUUUUUUUCUAUAAACGACUUUUCUACCAGACAUUUUGCUCAGAUUUUCAAACGUAGCAUUUUUCUGGGAAAUUUUGACUGGGAUGAUACUCUAAGGAUCACAUGUUUUGGUUUUUCGAAGGGUUGUCAUAAUAAACGGGGAAAACCAAAAAAACGUAGGAAAAUUUACAAAAUGUAUUAUUUUAAAAUCGAAAAUAUUACGGCCUUUUAAAACAUGUGUAACCGAAUUUCUCUCAGAAUCGUUUUUGGUUAGCAAUGAUUAAUCGUUACGCACAGAUGUACAUUAAAUUCCCCUCUAUACAUAUUCUACCUUCCCAACUUCUCAUUUACAACAGUAGCCCACCCAUCGUGCAAAGUAUAUCGGUAUAUUUUUUUUUUUUUUAUAUUCGGAGAUAUUUUAGUAGGUAGGUAGCUACAUUAUGAUCAUGUGAUAUAUUACAUAAAAAAAACUAUAAUGUACAGUUACAGUUUAUGAAUUUGGUGUUAUUGUUUCAUUUCUGUAGCUAUUGUCGAUCCAGACAUCCAGUCACCUUUGUAGUUUAUUAAUAAUAAAAACUAACAGAUUUUUUUUUUAAAUUUAAUUUUAUCUUUCGAUUUUUGACCGCAUGCAUUAUGAUUAUUUCAUUUUAAUAAUUUUAUGCGGACGAACACGGUUUAUUAUUACCAAUAUGGUACCUGUGUGAAAAUAGCAUGUGUAAUAUAUUAUUUCCUUGAAAACGGUCUUCGUAGUACUUCUAUCGAUAGUUAGUAGUUUUAACAUAAAAGGUAGAUAUGAAUUAUUAGUCACAUGAAUAUAUUAGUGGAGUUUCGAAUACUUUCGUGGCUUUAUAAAAUAAUUACUAUUAGUUUCUGUACAGGUUUGUUUUAAAGUCUUAAAGUCUUAAACAUUGCAGCAUGUGCAUAUUUAAUACUAAAUUGACUAUUUGAUUAUUUUAGAUUCUGAGCGUAGUAAAAAUAAUAUAUUAGUUUGAUGAAUGUUUUUUUUUAAUUUUAAAUUCUAAGUAUAACAAAGAAGUUAUGGUUUUUACAUAUUUUUUUUCGUUUCUUGGAAAACGUUUGUACAAUUAGUAAAAAUGCUCAGAUUUUUUUUUAUAUCAUACUUAAAAAGAUGCAAAUUUUUCAACUGAUGGUACUUUAUUUGAGACAUUUUUCGAGAUGUUCUGCAGUUCAUCUCUAAGUUCUUCUUUUUUGAUUAUUAUAUUUUUAGUUACCUUAUUGGUGUGAAGGGAAAAACCACAACUAAUACUACUCUACUCAGAAUAAAUUUUUUAUUUACAAGAAUUUACCGUUGCAUACAAUAUAUAAACUGUAUAUCCUAUUUUCCGAACUAUAUCUACCUACAAGAGUGGCCUAUCCACAAAUAGUACCUAUCAAGUUUUACAUUUUUUUUUCCAGUGAGUAAACAGGUCUUCUCCCGAAAAUCUUCAGGGUUUUUAUUAUUUGAACCACCAGACAUUAAAAUUAUAAAAUCGUAUAUUUUGAAAUUCUGAUUCGUUAAAAAUUCGCAUAUCUCACGUUAUGAAAAACCCCUUCACUUUACGAAUCCGAGUGUAGAAAUGUGAUUUAUAAAUUUAAAUUAGAAGUUGAUAAUAUACGUUUAAUGUUUGUGGCAUCUAUUUGGAAUAAUAGUGGAAUUUAGAAAUUAUUGCAAAAAUCAAUACUAAACGAUUCUAAUUUAUUAACACACGCACACACACAAGAAAGAAAAAAAAAAUGUAUACGUCAGCAUAGAACUGCCGGCAUACGAUAAUAUAAUACACCUUGUAUAAACACGUGUCGUGAGAUGUUAUUAUUAUAGCACUUGCGUUCAAAUAAACCGCAACGAGACGCGACACACACCCAAACCGGUCGUAACGAGUCUAACAUGUCGUCUCAUCGUUGUUUCCCACUUUCCCGUCGGUUUUUCGUCGGAAUGGGGAAAGUAAAUAUUCGUGAACCACAAAGCAAUAUUGUAAUAUGACGUCUUAGUGAAGUUGUUCCGUCAUGCCGAAUCUCCGCACAACAGUCCGGUGAUCAACAAAAAUGACUAUGUCAAUGACUUGAAUAGUGAAUACUGCAUAUUUAUUGGUAAUAACCAUUACCUAGGCAAUAUAUAGAAAAACUUUUGUUCAAAUCCGGUUGAAUUAGGAACUGAUCGUAAUCAAUUUAUUAUAUUUGACUUGUUAUGAAAAGUACAAUAUUUUGAAUAUUUUACGAGCGUUUUAGAUUUUGAGUCUACGAGAAAGGAAUGUAUUGAUUUUAUUAUGUUAUUUUGUGUCUGCGAUCCAUUUUUCAGGAACGCGUAAAAAAGCAAAAUCCUAUUUCAGCCAUCAAAUAUUUUGCCAGAACCGUAUUUGAGCCAACAGCAUUUUAGCCGGCGCUCCGAUUAAAGAUAAUAAUAGAUAAAAUCGCGGUUUUAGGAGAUAAGUUUGGACCACUUCCUUUCCGAUGGCCUCCUGCCAAUGUCCCGCUCAUUUACACGAAAACGAUUAGAAUUUCCAUCGAAAUUUUCAAGGUUAGGAUUUUAUACAAUACAUAUAAACAUAUGACAUAUUAUUACUGUAAGCAUAACUCAAUAGCAACUAUAAUAUAACUAUAACAACAGUGUAAUAAUGAUUAAAUAUUUGUUAGCUGAAAUACGGUUUGGGCAAAAUAUUUGUUGACUUGAAUACUGUCGGUUAUUAUAUUUUCGGCUAAAAUAUAACCCAUAAGCCACUCACAUUUUUCUUGUUCCGAUUCUUCUUUUUCUCCCAAUCUUGUUCCAAUCAAAAAUGUCAAAAGAGCUGUUUUGUAGUAUCUCAGUUUUAGUUGGCUUAUUGGGAGGCUGUUUUUUUCAUUAUCCUUUUAUUUUUCUUAACAACUGAAAAAGCUCAGAAAACUGGAAAAGUCUACGUAACCAACGAUUUCAUUAUUUUAGAUUUAGAUUAGUUAUUUUUUGAUUUGGUGUAUCAAAAAUACUUGAACAUUUGUUCAUCGUAAGUUGUAAUCAGUGGUCCGAAAAAAAAUUGAGCGAAGGUUGAUUUUUACAAAUAUCGUGCAGUCAAUUUAUUAGGCUAAUACGAGUCAUUAAAAUUAACUUUUUUUAACUUACUUAAGAAUUAAUUUGACAUUUUUUCGCAUACCAACUUUUAACCGAAGACUACUUUUUGUUUAUCGCUCGAUUGAACUAGGUAUCUAUUUUUAUUAACUCCCCAGUUGUCUGUCCCUGUUCCCAUUGGACAAUGUUUUGACACAGAGUGCUUUUUAUCAUAUUUUCUUUUUGGCUAUUCUGUUACUCCUAUUUAUUACGGCUCGUGUUUUUAAUUUUUUUCUUUCACCUAUAUUGCCGAGAUUCAAACAAUAAAUUCGAGUCUCCGAGUUAGAUUAGAUUAUAGUCGUACACCUAAAAGGAUAAUAAUUCCGAAUCGAAAACCCUACAAUUCGCAUUUCACGCCUUCCCCGUUUUUUGCUAUCGAUUUACGUGUAUAGACCACACUCCGAAAACGUCAUCAUUCCUCGCACUUUCUCUGCGUCAUGAGCGCGUAAAAAUCACGCUUAUACAUCUGUAGACUUUCGCAGUAACCGCGGUUAAAAACACAAAUAUAAUUUAUUGUACACGUUCAGGAUGACAGUUUUAAUAUGAUUUAAGUGCGAAAAAUACGUCGUAGGAUUCUAAUCGUGGAAUGCGAAUGAAAAACAUAAGUAAUUGUAAUAGUUUUGACAUUUUUUGUUUGUUUGUAUUAACUGCCGUUUUUUGAACACAACGUGUAGUCAUCUGUUUUCGUUGUUAACAACACACAACGAACACGGAAUAUUCGUGUCUGUAAAUACGAAUAAAGGAUAUUUAUUUAAUUUUUUUUUAUAGAUAUUUUACACGACACACUGUGUCGUAUCACUAUUGUAUAAUUUAAGUAUAUUGCCUAUACACGUUCACGUGAUGAUCAUGCAGUUUUCGUAACAUCAAAUACAAACUACCUUUAUUGUAAUUUUUGGGUUUUAAACAUUUUCUAGAUUUCGUAUUAAAAUUGUUUUUGUAAUUAUUACCCAGUUUAUAUAAUAGGUAUAAUACAACCCACAGGCUAAUCGUAUCUUAACGUGUGUAAUAUAGCACGCAAUUACUUGGGGCAGCUGAGCCCGUUAAAAAGCGUAUUUUCGUUCGACUCGCGGUUUUCACCGGAAUCGAGAAAGUUUAAACGAGUUGUUUUUAUUACCGCCUAUUUAAAUUUUAAACACUGCAAUAUCCGCGCUCGAAUAUUGUGUUAGGGAGGGGAGGGAUUCCGCUAAAACUUUUAUUGGUUAUUGCAAAACGUUUUAUUUUGUAUAGAUGUAUCCUAAAGGUUUAAUAAUAAAAUACUGGCUAGAUCAGUCACUUCUAUCUUAAUGACCAAUUCUUCACACUCUAGUAAGAGUAUUUAUCAUUUAUGUUCAAUAAAGGGGAGUAACAAAAGGAGCUACAGGGACUAAGCCCAUAUGUACCGUGUUUAUAAAAUAGCCCCUGUUAUUGCAUAGCAUUGGGUUCGCUCCUGCCUCACCUAUACGUUAAUCCAGGACUGGGAACAGUAUGUCAUAAAAUGGACUCAGUGUGUUAGCCGUACAAAAAAUAAAACAUUAAUGUAAAUUGUAUAAUUAUGCUGCUUUUGUUCAAAAUUCUCCUAGGAGGAUGUAGCUGUCCGAUGGGUGUAUAGUAAGUAUAGUUACAGUAAAUGCCAAGACACUAUACAUAUCAUAUUUACAACAUCGAGAUUUAUUUUUAUCAAUACUUGUUUAAAGUAUUAUAUUUAUAUACGUAUUGUUGAGAACGCUUUUCUAAAUUCGUGUUGGUAGGGAAUUUCGAAACUUCCAAACCCCCCUUAACUACGUCCACGAUUCAAUCAAAAACGUAUUGAGCCCCCUACCAAUCCUUAUUACGGCUCCACUGUCUCCACGUGUUAAGGUCUCAUUAUUUUAUUACCUAUGCCUUAGACCGAACGGUAUGCAGUCGGUUACAUACAUUAAGUCGUUUUCUGCACGGAGCUAAUUGUUUAAUUAUUAUUUUAGAAAUUCACUGCGGCAGAGGUGGCUGUAAAUAUUAGUAAUUAUUAUAUUAUCCCGACUCGGACAUUAUUGUUUAUUAAAUAUACUCGUAUAAAACAGCCUUGAGCGUUUCAUCAUCGUAAUAUUAUUAGCCGGCCUGUAAUGAUUAGGUUACUUUCGAUUAGCACUUGUACACUAAGAGCGGCGCUGUAUUUAAUUUCGUAUUUUCAUCGUACCUAAUACAUCGUUUAAGAGCCCAAAUAUGUGAUUUGUAAGAUCUAAGCGUAGAAUUUAAGAAAGAUAUUUAACGGUAAUUCAUAUUACCACGACCCCGAGUUAAAGUAUUGUUUUUUUUUUUUUUUUUUUAAUAUGUACUUUCUAACUAAUAAACACCCACAUUAGCCGGUUUAUUGAUAGUAACUUAAUAAUUUUCUUACUCAACUAUAAAUGAAAUAUUUAUAUCUGCAUCUAUUUAUAUCUUUAUAUCACACAUUUGUAUGCAUUUUGUAAAUUCGUAUAGUUAUGAUAUAAUACAUUUUCUAUAUUACAUUUACGAAAAAAAAAAAAAAAAAGAAAAGAUCUCUUUAAAAAUGACCCGUCUGUACACGGCUUAAAAUAACGCAAUCGGUCUUUCGGUAGGCAAUUUGUGUACUCAUUGUUAUUGGUUCCACACAUCAUUAUUGUAGUAUAGUAUGUAUAUGUUACAUAAUAGUAUGUGCAUACAGCGGUCACAAUUGGACACUGUAUUCGGGUAAUUUGGAGUGUAUUUAAAACAAAUAACGCAACGAAAAACGGAAUAAAAUAACGACCUAGAAUGAAAAUAUCAAUAAUAUCAUUGAGCGAAUUAUAUGUUGUGUAUCUACUAAUAAUACGCCGAGAGUUUUGGUUUUCGGUUAGGACUGUUAUGUAUGCAGUAGUAUAUUUUCUCGUUUUAAUUGUGUACAGGCAAUACAAAUUUAUGUUACCCGUUAAUUUUGUUGAUUUCGAAAAACUAAAAUAAUACCGUUAUACACCAUAAGUAGGUGCAUUGUAAAAAAAAAAAAACGUGGCAUGGAUACAGACACAUGCGUACGAUUGUAUUUAUUAAAAUUUGGCCACGGGCAAAAAUUCCAAACUUCGUAUAGCUACCUAAAAAGGAAAUAACGAGAAAAAAAAGUAUAUCAAUGUUUAAUGCAUAUGACUUUAAAUUGUUAUAAUUAUUUUGGAUACAAAAAGUAAAUAAAUCUUUACGGUUGCCUGAACAAUUAUUUAGUUUUGCUACAAUAAUCGAGAUAAUAGAACGAAUUAUCAAUUAAAAAAAAGCAGCAUUAGAAACAACCAACGGUGUGUAUUACCAUUAACAUUAUAUUUAGAAUUUUCGACCUUCGAUUUUAUUUAUUAAUUACAAUUUUUUUUUUUACAUUUAUAUAAUAAAUAGUCAAGAGUUAAUUUUAAAUUUCGUUUAAUUUUAACAAAAUAAUAAAUUUACAUUCUGAGCCCCUUAUUUGAGUACUUUCGUAUUUAAACAACAAGUAUUGAUUUUUCUUUUCUUUGAAGGAGAUAAAUUGUUUUACGAUAUAACCCCACGUGUUUUACAUCAGCUAUCCUUAUACUAAAAAAAAAAAAAAUAAUAAUAAAAAAAAUCACAAACUCUAGAUCUAAUCAUUUUCACUAUGUGCCGGGUACAAUGUUGACAAACAAACAAUAAUAAAAAUGAAUUUGACUUAAGUAAUAUACAACGCAAUAGUUACUUCCAACGUAUUAACCAUAGAUAAUAUAAAGUGGAUAGGCAAUAUAAUAAAUAUAUUAUAAUAUAUUCGUUAUCAGACUUUUCUGGAGCUUCCGUUUAGUUCGCCGAUAAAGCAUACAACUAGUUUCCGUUAUAUACAUAGCAAAAACAAAUAAGUCAUUGAACAAAAAUAAAUUUAUCGGCAAAUGGGAUAGAACAUUUUAUGACGUUGAACACAUGACGUGUGCUAUCUAUUAUAUUGUAUUAUCCAGUGGCAUGGCCGGGGUUUAUUUUCAAGGGGAAUUAUGAAACUAAGAAACAAAUUUCUAGGCAGGUAUUCAGAAUAAUAAAUUACUAAUUAUUGGUAAAGUGCACGGCGUACUCGAAUUCGAAAUUACGAGGAAGUGUCUGAAAUUGCGAAAAAAAAAAUAAUAAUUAAAAAAUUACGAAACCACAUUAUACGUUUUACGUAUAUAGAAUUCUAAAAAAAAAAAAAAAAAAUAUUAAAUUUCGAGGGGUAGUGAAGGAUUUAUAAUCCCGAAAAUCCUCCUUAGUUGAGCCGCUGGUAUUAUCUUUACGGCGGUAACCCAUUAACUUUUAGUCCAUUUAACUUAGCCGAGUUAAUAUUAUUCAUUAACUUGCCGAACAACAAUAGGUACCGUAUCAUUAACGCGGUGGGCGAUGCGGAAGGAUAAAUGAAAUAAAGGACGAGAUCCGUUCACAGAUUUAUAAACGGUUAUUAUAUACGUAGUUUCGAUACGCGCGGCCGGAUAAUCAAGACCGGGUGUGCCGGAAAAUAAUAUUAUGUGUUAGCGUUAAAAUACCGUGAGCAAACCGAAAUAACCGACGAGUGUCGCACAUAGGCAUACGCCUGUCAUAGACACUCGGCAAAUAAUAUGUAAUGAUAUAUCCUCGGCGUGAAAUGAAUAGUUUCUAAACACCUAUAGCGCCUGCAUAAUGGGUUGUACGGUAUCUAUUAUAAAUCACCGCGGUGUAUCGACAUAAUUGAACCACGUGAACCGAACGAAAAUUUUUUUUUGGCGCAAACCGACGUAAAUAUAAUAAUUUAUACCCACUCAUUUAUUUAUAUGUGUCGUGUUGCUGAUUUCCAAAGAAUAAACGAGAAUAACAAUAUUCGAUAUUUGUCGAUGGAUUAUUUUAUGCCGAAUAAUGCGCGACGAUUUAUUUAUUUUUCACACAUUUUUUUUUUUUAGACGGACAGGUACCUAAUUACAAAAAUAAGAUACUUGAGUUGGCAUUAUAUAUAUAUUUGAAAAAAAAAAACCCGAGUAUCGUGAUCGUAUAGAAACCGCUCGAUUCGGAUUCGUUCUCGACGACUGAUUGCCUCAGGAAACAUCCGGGUGAUUAAGGGUGAACAAGACGUGCACUGUGUAGUACAACUGAAGUCGUACAGUAAAGUUGGACCAUAUUAAAAAUACACGAAUGUUCUAAAAUAAAAACAUUAAUCUUAAAUAUUGUAAAUUUCCGUGUUAAUUAUUAUGUAAUUGGGCUCGUUCCGUUUUAAAUAUAAAAAAUAAAAUACAAUUUAUUUCAUACUUUUAAGGGAAUCGACGACGGUGUGAAUUUUAAUCGGUUUAAACCCAAACGGCAGACAAAACUGUAGGAAAUAUUUUGUUCGAUAGAUUUAAAGUCCAAUGUAUUAAAUUUAUUAGUUCGUUUAUUUUUGGAACGAGGAAAGCGUCCCGUCUUCUCCUCCGUGGGUUAGCUUUAUAUUGCCCCAAUGACUAACUUAUAAGUUAUAAGUGUAUUCACGCCUGUACGAACCAUGAGUCCUAUAACCGCCCUCGGUUAUUCCCCAAGUUUGCAACAGGCGGUUUCGACGAGCUUAAACUUAAUAAACCGAUACGCGAACCGGAGUACCGCGGCAACGUAAGCUCUCAAUGUGGUAAACAACUUCUGUUGUAUGUACAUUGCAUGUAUAAACUGUCGUUUAAUAUUGUACAUUGAUUUUAGCUACAAUCCUUUUUUCGUGUAAACACAUUUUUAAAUAUUAGUGUCGGUAGCAUGAAACGACAACAGCCUUCCAUUUAUUAUUAUUAUUAUUAUUAUUUUUUUAUAGCCAAACGAUACGUUCGGUGAAAACCGCAUUCCAAACUUCGCAAUCGUUUGAGCGAUAGAGCGCGUACGGUCCGACGGACGGACACGGACAAAAUCAUAAAGUACUUUGCGGUACAUACCUAACUAAUAACAAUGAAAAUAAAACGCGCUAAAAGUAAACAUUUGUGUUAAAACGAACGACCGGUUCCGCGGGGCGCGUCGUUUAAAUCGCGAAACUCGAAAACGAAAAUCGUGUACGUGUACCAAAAUACUCUGCGAACUUUCAUACGGACUUCUCGCAGUGUCCCGCGUCCCGUCGUCGAGUCGUGUGAAUAUGAAUAAAUAAAAAAAAAAAAAAACCACCGAGCGUCUACUCGAGUCAUGUCGUGCGUGACACAGACAGGCUCGAGGUUUUUCGAAACAAUAUAGGUAUACGGUCCCGUACCUGUACAAUAUAUUUUAUGUGUGACGUACGUACAACGGCAGCAGCGCCAGUGCGGUGUUGUUAUACUAUCGGGUCGGCCUUAUACUCGUGUUGUUAUUAUUACGAAUUAAACAAGUCUGCGCACCGUCACUCGGUGUUAAAUCCGAAUAAAUAAACAGCGGGAAAAGUUUCGCGCGCGUUUGCCGAGCGAAAUUUCCAGAGCGUCACAAUCAAACGGAAUCUAUUCGCGUAAUAAUAACGAUAGCAAUAUUGUACUGGGCUGGUGUUGAGCGUAUUUUAUAAACCCGGCUUGUAUAACAUAAUACAAUAUUCGAGAACGUUACCAUUGAUAUGCGUUUGCGUUUACCGGGGAGAAUGUCUUCCCGGUCAAACGCAGCACACAAUCCCUCUCCCCCUUCGCUUACUCGAUUUCUCAUCAUUUUCAAAUAACUAAAACGUGUUCCUGUGCAUGCACGUUUUGUAGAAAACGUAUAGGGACUAUUCAUUUUGGACGUGCAUUUAUUUUGAACAAAGUGUACAGCGGAUUACAUUUUAUAUACAUAUUUUUUUUUUUUUUUUUAAUCUAUACGGUUUUUUGCAAUAUUAGUGUGAUUUCUGUUCUAUCUGGAUAAAAGAUAGUUAUCGUCAUCUAGAUAAUAUUUUAAAUGAUUUCGUUUAAGCAACCCAAACACCGGAUACAGAACACAGUGGCUGUCAAAUGAUUUUUUCGGGGGAGGGGUGAGCUGAAACAAGAAUAGUUUUUAAGAAGCGUUAUUAUUUACACCACCUUUUUUUUUUUAUAACUAUAGAGAAAUAUAAUAUAAAGGGGCGAUUUUUUAAACAUGCUUACCUCAUUUAUACGUUGAAUUAUGCACAAAUUCAUAUUAUGUUUUUUUUGGAAUUUUUAAGUACAAUGAACGACGAUAUUUUUGCAUUCUUAGGUUUUUCAUAACAUUAAAUAUAGUGGAGUAAUUUUAAAGAUUAUAAUGGAUUGAUAAGAAUAUUGAUCUUUUUAAAUCAGAAUCUACAAGUUUUGAUGCAAAUUAAUGAUUUUUUUUUUUUUUAACAUUUUAACGUAUUGUAAAUGAAAUUUGAACUAAAUGUUUCUGAAUUAUUCUGUUUUAAAUACUAAGAAUAAUAUGGGGAAUUUUAUGGGGAUUGGAUACCAACUGUUCCAUUUAUACAGAUAAUAAUUUCUUGUGUUGAAUUAUCGUGCAGUUAUUGAUCUUUAGUAUUGAAAGUAGAAUAACUCAGACAUUUUUUGUUCUAAUUUCGAUAAAAAUACGUCAACAUUUUCAGAGAAAUCGUCCAAUUGAUAAUUUGCAUUAAACAUGUAGGUUUUCAUUAGAAAAACUAAAGUUGGUAUCGCCACAAGAUACGCUUUAAAUGAUGUGAAAAAUCUAAGUAUUCGAAAAUACACUUAAAAAUUCCAAAUAUCAGAAUUUGAAUUUGUGCAUAAUUUAACCAUACCAAUACUGAUCAUUAAAAAUAUCAUUCUCUAUAUUGUUAUACAAAUUUAAGAUAUAUGACUUAAUGGGGGUAUGUACCCCUCAUCCCCCUGAUAAAAUACAGCAAUAUACAGCGAGGUAUAGCCUAAUAGCCAUAAUUGUCUAGGCGUUCACACCAUGAUAGUUCAGGCAAAGUGGCGUAAUUAUAGAAAUUCGGCCCAAAUGCGUACAAUUUAAAGGGCCCCUUUCUUAUUAAGUCGAAAUGUAAAAAGAUAAAACUAGGAGCGUGUAAAGAUAUACUCUUGGUUUUAUAGCACAGUGUAUUUUAUUUAGUCUUUUUUUUUUCUGUAUCUAAUAAAUAAAUCGACAUAUCUAAUAUACAUAUUUGUGUAUAGGCAUAUAAUUUGUUAACAGUUAUAUAUAUAUAUUAUUUAUAAUAACAGUUAAAGUUUUACUUUUACGAACUUUUAAAUUCGAUAAUAUUAGUUUUCGUUAUUCAUAAAUGUAUACAAUAAAACCCGUCGGUACCAGAAAAAAUGUCUGUUAUAGACAGGUGUUCGUAUACAGGUCGUAUUGAAAUAGCCAAAAAAAAAAAAAAACAAAGCAAAAAGGAAGUACGGACAUACUUCGCAUGUGGGUGGAAAGUUGAGAAUGUAGGAUACAGACGGGAAUUUAAUGUAUAUAUGUAAACAAUAUUAAAAUAAUAAAAAACUUAAUAAUAACAAAAAAUAAAUAAAAACGGUUGCCAAUGACAACCUUAUUUUUAAUCUUUCAAUCAUUUUUUUAACCUAAAGAAUCAGGUUUUUCUCUUUAUCUCAAAUGUAAAUGAGAAUUUCAAAAAUUUACCUCUCUGAAGUAUCACUAUGAGAAAAUUUCAUUACAGAAAAAGUGCUAUACCUGAUAAUCGGAGUAAGCUUUCUGGUAUAAAAAGUGUUCAUAUAAAAAAAAUAAACAUCAUUGUAAAACCAAUACAUUCCUCGCUCCGCUCAGAAUCUAAAAGUAAAUCAUAAAUAGUUAUAGAAUUAGAAUACAGAUUUUACACACUGCAUAUUGCAUAAUAUAACGCGUAAUGGUGUUUAUUUCUGGUUAAAAAAAGAUAAGAUACAUUAUACAUAUUUUCAUACUUUACAACACGUCGUAAUCGUUAUCAAAAAGUAAUGGUUGGUAAUUCCUAUUUAUUUUUGGAAUGACGUUAUUAUUACUAUUGUUUAUUUUUUCGAAAAGAUAAUGAGUUGUAUAGUAUACAACGGGGGAGGUACUUCGCCCUUACGGGCAUUCCUUCCCCUCAAAUAUUGUAUAUACCAUAAAAUAUUAUUAUCUGCGAGUUUAUUCUUUGAUAUCCUUUAUCAACAAAAUAUCACAGUCCGCGUUUUGUAACGGACGGGUCGAAAUACGCGGAAACCCCUGUCUUUUUGCCGAGACCUCAGAAUGUUGUGCGAUAAGAGAGAUGUAAGUUAUAGACGGGUGUUCGUUAAGCCGAGUUUCGCUGUAAUCUUUGAUUCGAACGGUAUCAACUUGUAGAUAAUAUAAUACGAGAUAUGGGAUUAUUAUUUUUAUUUUUUUAACACGUAAAUAAUUUCACUUAUGACAGUGAAACAGUGUUCUGGAAAGGCAGUAAGGCCCCUUAGAUUUAGGAUCGUAAUGCAACCGCGUUCCACCGUUCACGCCACUACACUGGUCCAGAUAUCGACUGGUAAUGUAUGCGACUAGUUGCUCAAAAAUUAAUCGUUUUUAAUUUCAAAAUCCCAUUGUCACACUAUCAAGAUAGUAAUUCCAAUUCGUUAGCGCAUUCAUUUAACUGUAUACAUUCGCAUUGUUUUCUACACUAUAAGUAAGCAGUCUACCAUAGUUACCGUUUACGCGUUAAAUUACGAAAAAAAAAAAAAAGACUAAACAAUACUGCUAAUUAUUGGCGCGCAAUUGUUUUAGAAGGGAAGUUGAAAUUCGUAAAAUAUAUUUUAAUUUAUAUUUGUAAUAAACACCUUUUGGCGGAAAACGAUUGUGAAUAUUAAUGAUGAUUAUUGUCGCCGCGGUUAAUCGGAAAUUAAAAAUCGCCGGUUUCGUCGGUUUAUCAAAGGACACUACGAGUCACCAAAACCCAAUUACGAACCCGCUCGGCGCACUAUCCGGUACAACGAUGCCGCAAAACCGUUCGGGGGGCGGGGGCGGGUCCUUGUAAAGUUUCCGGUUCGGAUUCGAGAUUUCUGACGGAAAAGUUUCGCUGACGGCGCGGGGUGCCGUGGUCCUGCGGCGCGCUCGUCGCGUUGGCGCGGGAACUUAAAAGCGCGCGCGCGCACGUUAUACCCGUACGCCGGGGUAUUAAUUUAACGUUCGGAAUUCUUAAAACGGUACGUAUGUCGACGGGCGAGACGCACGGGGUGACGCGCGCGCGCGCGCGCAGCGCCGACGUCGGUGCCGCUUGAACGCGGCGCGGCCGCGCGUUCGGGCGGGAAACGGCCGCGCCGCCGUCGUACCCGUCGCACCGGCGGCGUGACGCGCGACCGCCGUUUUGUUCAAUACCGUCCGCGCGUUCAUUUCCGCCCAAAGCGGUUCGCUUUUCCGCGGGGGCCCGCCGCCCGAUUUGGCAUUGACGCCGAACGACGCGAACGUGCGCGUAGUUUCGCCGCCUCGCAGCGUUUAUUGCCCCGUUAUGCGCGGUUUUCGUUAUCUACGAGCCGCUUAAAUACGCAAUUUGUAAAAUAUAUACGCGCGCGUGUUUUAUACGCAGGUUUCCGCUACACUAAACGCAUUCAAUAACAAUAUCGCAGUAUCUGUCCCGCCGCUGCUCCCGACAUCCGUCUGGUUAAUUGUGAACAUUAUCAUAAUACGAGCGACAUCCAUAGACGGCGCGGCGAACUAUUAUUAUAAUAUACCGAACGCGCUUAUUUGAUUUAUUUCGACCGUCAUCAUCAUCACCGUCGUCGUCGUCGUCGUCGUCGUCGUCGUCGUCGUCAUCAUCGUUAUCAUCGUCAUCAUCAUCAUCGUCGUCGUCGUCGUCGUCAUCGUCAUCGUCAUCGCCGUUGUCGUCGUCGUCGUCGCGGUGGCGAGACUGAAUUUAAUUAAUAAUAGUAAUCCCGAUGGAUAACGAACGUAGAAAAAAAAAAAAAAACCAAAAACAAUUGCGACACUGCUACGAUAAAUCGUAACAAGCGAAAAAACGAUUCUGAGUGGGGUUUUCCACGUUGCCGCCCAAAUUAUCCGUUUGUCUUACGUUUUUCCCGGUUGUUAAUUUAAUAAUUUUUUUUUUUUUUGAAAACACGAUACACUCGACGAACGGAGCGGGAUUUCCGGUGGAACAAAAAAACGACACCGACGACCCGACGACCCCCAAUGCAUUUCUCGCUGUACGCAGCAGAAUAUAAAAUCGCAUUGUUCAAUCUUGCAUCGGUGCAUUCGCUGCAGUAUACGUGCAUUGUGCACAAUGCGACUAGCUGCUGCGCGUGGCGACUAAAAAAAAAAUACUCGCAGUUAUGAAUGUUCACACCGUUCGGGUCGAUUAAACGACGUGCGUUGUCGCGAUAUUUUUGUAAUUCCGUUUCGAUGCCGCGAUGCCGUUGGUUCGAAUAAAACCGUGGUAUUGAUGGUUUUUUUUCUCGCGCGAAAACCUUUACGCGCGUAAAGUAUGCAACACGAGCACCGGCAACUUCGCCCGAGCGUAUCGACUGCGGCACGUGCCGUCGCGCUGUCGUCACGACACCGUCACCGUGCAGCGUCCGAACGCGUCGCGGUACCGGAGUAAAAUAACGCGCAAACGCGGGUUUCUAAACACGCCGAACACGCCGGUAUAAACCGUCUGUCGCGAUAAAAAAACAAAAAAAUAACCGCUAUUUCGCUAUAUUCGUUUUUUUUUCUUUUCUCGUUUUUCCGUUUUUCCAAUGUUAUAUUACCUACAGCGCAACAACCGGCGUGUGUGCGCAACGCGUGUUCGGCUGGUUCGGCGUCUAGACGUCGAAAGUCGGACGCGCGGCAAAACGUGUACGGGUACGGGCAUUGAUACAAUGACAACAGCGGCGUGCGUGUCGCGCGCCGCGCGCGGAUCGCACACGAGUGAGUGCGCCUGCAUUGCGCGGCUGCAAUACGCGGCGCGUUAUGAUAAUUGUGUGUAUCGUUAUGGAUGAAAAAAAAAAUAAAUAAAAAAUAGAAUUAUUAAUUACGAAUAUCGGCGCGUGGAACUGCGGUAACGAUAAUAAUGCGCGCGAACAAGCCGGUGCACGCGUGAACAACGCGCAAAACAACAAUGCCGAUAUUUGUUGUCGAUUCACGGUGACGUACAGCGGUCGCGGGUUCUGGUAUUGCGACUUUCACCCGCCCAAAACCGUACCCGUUUACCUGCCCGUUCGUCGCCCAGCCGCACACCCGUGAAGACGGUUUGAAACGCGUUCUGUUGCAACGCGCGUUUUCUCGAUACGCGCAUGACGUUGCGCCAGUCACCGCGUUCGUUUCGUGCAUCUCGCGCACGGGGCGUACGGUAGCGUUGCGAAACUAGAGGAGAUCCAAUGACACGCGAUACACGCGCACGAGUGUCGAACGUACAAAAUGCGUACCGGAUGCUUUCGGUUUUUUGAGAUUUUAUAAUUCGAACGUCGGUUCAGCCAAUACUUCGGUUACGACUCAGUACGGCCGACACAUUACGCGUCGUUAACCGAUAUAGAUAAUGUAUAUUAUUUAGACGUUUGUUGGAAAAACAAAAAAAGUUAAUUAUUAUAAUAAAUUGCUUGCUUGCCCAAUCUAUCGAAUCAAAUUGGUAAUUAUUUUAUUUUCAGUUUCGUUAUGCGUACAUUGUGUCCGUUAACACCGACGCAUACAUUGAUACCGUAAAAAAAGUAUCUUGAUACAAGAUGCGUUGCAUAAACUAAAAGAGUACGGACCCCAUUUAUAACUGUAUACUUGAUACACAUGUCCGUGGCCUGGACUGUGGUACUACCCAACUCUGAAUGCAACGAACGCUGUAUAUUCAGUGUUGUACGUGUUUCGAUUAUAAUAAUCGCUGUUAUAUAGCGAUUAUAAAACAUGUUAUAAAAGCGGAACUAACAUUUUACAUUGUUUUAUAGGAAUGGCGUCCGUGCACUCGACCUGUGUUUUGGAAACGGAUUUUGGGCUGUCUAUCAAUUGCGGACUGAAAAAAUCAGGAAUAUUUCGAGUUCGGAACCUCGGCGGUCUUAAGGGAUACGUCGGUGUCGGUAAGCGUCAUACAUAAUAAAUGAACGUAACGCGUUUUAUCUUUUUCUGUCUCGUGGCGUCCCAAAAUAUUCGGGAUCAGUGCCUAAAUCCUUUGAAAACAUUAAAACGCUACAACCCUAGGUAAAAUUCUCCCAAAGUCUCGGCCCUCAAUGUCUAUCCGACGCGGUAAACUGCAUUCCAGAAAUCUUCAUAUCGUUCUCACCAUUUUAUUAUUGAUUCGUCCCAAUCCCCUUCAACGUUCAUUUUUUAAACUUCGUCUCGUCUGCAUCAAGUCGUCUGCAAACCGUCAUUUUAGUCUUAUACUUCCAACAUUAUCGACUUAAUAAACUACCCCUUAAAGUCAUUCCUCUUACGAAUAUCUAUUUUCUCUAUUUAUAGUGACUCCGUUGUCGUUAUUUCAAUAUUCUUUGUUUUAUUAACGAUUUAAAAUUAAUCUUUCCGGCUUGAAUAUUAUUCAUCAGUUUUAUUCGUCAUCCUGCGUCUAUUACCCCAAUUUGUUUCGUAUAAAAAUAAUUAUUUAUUUAAACUAAAAAAAAAAAAAAAAAAAGAUUGUCAAAAUCAUGACAAAGAACUUAAUUAAUUAAUUACAUGCACUGCGCUAUGUUGUUUUGAAAACAAUAAUUAAUCGUGAUAUUUUUUUUUGUAUACAUUAUAAUAUUUUUUAUCAUACUUUUUUUUUUUGUUUUGCAUAUUUUGUUUUCAAACUAAAGAGACCAUAAAGUCUACAUCUAGAGCAGUAGGUAGUUGGAAGUUAUUCUCGAAUUUAAAACUAGCAGAAUUUAUUUUCUGGAUAUUUCUGUUUAAAUUUAGUUCAGAAUAUUUUCAUAAUAUUAAUUUAUUAAUACGUUUUUAUUAUUUUAAUUACUUAAAUUCCUGUUGCAAACACGAUAGGAUAAAUUGCCAAUUAACUAUAUUAUGGUAUUGUUAUGAUAAUUAUGUACACCACGUAGUAGAUAUUUUUAUGAAGAUUAAUAUCGUGCGUAAUUCCACAAACCGAAAUUAAAUGUCAACUUUUUUUUUUAUUAACAAAAGAAUAAAGCAAUUAAAAAAGAAAAAAAAAACGUGAAAUGAGUUUAUAGUAUUCUCUUAAUGCAUUCAAAAUGAAUCGUACAAUUAAACAUAUUUAUUUUCUAUAUAAAUAAUAUAAUAUUUUAUAUUUACAUGCAAAUCAAAAUAUAAACAUAUAUUAUAAAGUGGUACUUAAUUUCUUUAUCAUUGAUAAAACAGCAAGUUCAUUGAAAUAUUUUGUUGAUGAAAUCAGUGGUGAUAAUUAUUUAAAUCUGAAUGUAUAAUCCAGCAACAAUUUGAACUUCUUCUUUUGGCCUUUCACGACUCUCUUAGAGGCUUCGCUGUCAACAACGAAUCACGUCAUUUAUCCCUGUCAUAAAUAAAUAUUUUUCUCCAUUCGUCCACUCCCAUAUUCUUGAAUUCCUCGCAUCUGUCAACUUUUUCCUGGGCCAUCCAUGGGGUAUUAUACCCCAAAGUUUCUAUUCAAAUGCUGCUCUGAUGGAGUAUUCUCCUCUUCAUAUUUUAUAGCCUAUCUAUCUUAUAGUACACAAUAUAUAACAUUUUGUGAUCCAAAAAACAAGAAAUAAAGUGGUUGAAGUUUUUUUGUCGGCAGAUUUUAGCAGCUCUUUAUGGACUAAAUGAGUUUAAACUCGGGAAUGAGAGUUGUUUUACAAAUGGAUUGAAGUAAUAAAAUAUUGGUUGAAUUUCAUCAUGUUGUUGGGGGAAUAUGGAGGUUUUUUUAAUUUUUUACACCACUACAGAUCUCCAAAUCAAGUAAGGGAAAUGACAUUUUAUGUAUGAAUGAUUUAAGUACCAAUAGGUUAUGUCUUUUGAGAGUUUACCAUUUUGACCCCCUCUACUUCCAUUUUUUAUGCUCAAAUGUUAUGUUUUCAACAGAAGAUACCGAGUUUAAAAUGCUCCAACAGCUUAUUAAAGGAAAGUAUUAUGAUUAGAAUUUGUGUACAUAAUAGUAUCGUUGUCAAGAAUAUGCCUUUAGAAGAUUUAAAUUUCAAUCUCAUUACCUCCAACAUUUGUUUGAAUGUUAGUGAAAAUCUCGAGAGCAACUUUACUAUUUCGAUCAAAUUUUUUAUUGCCGAUUCCUUAACAUUUUUUAUACAUUUCCAAAUAGAAAAGAAGCAAAUAAUGACAAAUAUGGGUAAACGAAGUGGAUGUCUAAUAUACAACUAAUUCUUUUCAUAUAUUAUUUUUGCUGAUUUGCUUAAAAUUUGGAAUAUUUAUUUUGUAUUUUCGUUUAGUUAAUCCAAUUGUUCGAUUAAUUUUUAAAGGAUACUUCACAAGACAGUGUAAACAACGUUUUCUAGUCGUUACUUAAAACGGAACUUCUUAUAUUAUUAUUUACAGGUCUUCAACUGGCUGACGAACUGGGUUUCAAAGAAUCUCUUUCGGCAUUGGAACAAAACAACAAACGUCGUUCGGUUAACGGUAUUCCAGCGCCGGGAUCGUUCGACCUUUUGGGUGUACCGCAAAAUAACAAUCGAUUGGUAAGUAAACAUUAUCAUGGUCACAAUAAAAUUGUAUACUUUGCCUACCGAAUAAUACGAUUUACACGGAAUAAAAAACAAACAAAUAUAUUAUUAAAGUUUUCCUGGUUAUCGAAAGUCCAACGAAAAUCCUUGAGGACCCACCUACUCGUAUAGCGGGAUAUUUCAUUGAGAGGCGAAAAAAUAGGAUAUAUCCUUUUUACCACGAGUAAGACAAUGUUUUAGGUUACAAGGCAGAAUAAAAUAAACUCUAAAAUCCCCAAACACGAUUUCGAGAUGUUCAGGUCCAUCUGACCCUUAAAUUUUUUUUUUAAACAAGUAACUCGAAUCGCCUCCCGAUUUCAAAAAUAUCAUUUACUCGGAUUGCCUCCUAUUUUAGGUAGUAACCUUGUAUCAAUAUCGAUUUUUAUUUCGAAUUUUUGAAAACUAAAAACAAUUAUACUUAGCUAAGUAUUAGGUUUACGACAUUAGACACAUAUCAUUAGUAGACAUUAUUUAGUACAAAAAAGCAAAUAAGUCCACGUAUUGUAUCAAAAUUGCAUAUAUUAAAAAUUAAUAAAAAAUAGCAUUAAGUAACAGCAAUGAAAAUUAAAUUGAUCAAAAAUUAAAAUUAUUUAUGUAUGUUAUGUAAUAGCAAACUAUUUGCUAAGGGAAUACAUCGUAAUAAUUAUUAUGAAAUCCAUGUAUGGUGAACAAUUGACAAAAAAACCGAACACAAUAGUCAAAAGUUUCAUCCACAUAUAUAAUGUGUUUAGCGUGCUUAGAAACUUGACACUUUCAUCGCAUGAAAACGUUACCAAACAAUUUUAUGGGUCAUUUACCAUUAAAAAGUUCUUUUUUAUAUAUGUUUUAAUCUCAUUGGACGAUAAAACUGUAUGGACUUUAUUCACAUUUUGUGACGAUUUUGGAUUUAUAGAAUUCCUAGCAUGGCUUAUGUUAUUUUUAAUGUAAAUUAUGUCUGAGGUUGUUGACGUACUCACAUUAAUAUUUUUCAUCUCUACGUGAAAUAAUUUUACUGGUCGUUCAGAGAGUUGUUCUAAAGCUUUACGUUUUAGAUUAUUCCUGAGUAUUUGUCUGUUGAUCUUUUGCUCCGAGUCUUUCUCGCAAUCGUGAAUAAGUUUACGAUUUUCGAACUGGAUUUCAUUAAGUUGAUUAGUUUUUAAAUAACCUGAACAUGUUUUUUCUUGUGCACGUCCGUCGUUUACUGUCGUUAGCCAAGUUUUUUUGAAACCCAAACUUAAAUCCGUCCCAAACUAAAACUGUUUUGCCUUUUUCACUAAUAACGCAGUAUUUUUUUAUUACUAUCACUUUGUACAAGCGCGUAACGGUUGCGCCAACGAAACUGAUUAUGUUGAACUAGUGGUAUUGAAUACAAUAGUCAACUAAUCUACUGAUAAUCAGUUACCAUCGAUAAGAUGAUUGCAUCCGACAAACAAUUAAUCCGUCUGGGAAAUACUGUAUUACACAUAAAUAUAUAAAUAAUAGAUUAACAAUAUUUUCGAACAUUACGAAAAUCAAUAUAAUAAUCAAUCGAUAUAUUAAAUAAUAAUCUGUGGGUAUACAAUGUGAGGCUAUUCGGGUGGACGGUUCGGGUGCACUCGGGUCGCUUCCGGAAACGCCCGAAGGCAACUCGAGUGAAAAAUGGUCACCUACCCGAAUUCGGGAGGCAGUUCGAGAGCUCCGGACGAUAUGUCCAGUUACAAUGUUACAACGAGUUGAAUAGGCCUUUUAUAAGGGCCAUCGGGAAGCGCUAAAUGGGACCGUCUGACCGUACAAUUCGCUCGCGGUUUUCAGUUCUUAUCAUUUUCAGUAUGUUGUUAGUCGUGUAUCGUUCGUUUGUUUCUGUCUGUUUUUCUUAAUUUUUUUUCCCGCCCCUUUCUUUCUACGGCCAUACCAAACCGUAAGAAAUAAUGAUAAAAAAAAAAAAAAAAAUCGUUCUCCAAAAAUAUGUCGUCGUGCACAAUAAUGAGACCGCCGCUGCUCUCUCAUCCGAUAUUCAGGUCGCGGUACCACGAAGCAGUUUCGGGAAUCGGGACGUCUUAAAUUUUAUUAUAAUUCAGUUUACGGCGCGUGCUAUGAAAAAUACGACUAUAUUAUAACCUUGUCAUACGGAACUGCAACGAGUCUGCACCGAUCGAUAUUUCACUUAUUUUCACAUAAUAAUACACAUUAUUCGAUACGUUUCACAUUUCCAUCGUGUUGUAGUUGCAUUGUAUUCGUGCCGACUAAUUUCUGUUCGUUUUCAAAAAACAGUCAUCGAUACGACGAAACCGUUUGCGCCGUUUGUAUUAUUGUAUUGUGUAUCGUUUCAGAAAUGUUGCGUUUUUCGUUUACAGUAUUAAACAUUUAAAAAAAAAAAAAAAAAAAUUUAAAACGAUAUUUUACGAAAUCGUAGUUAAUCAGUGAACAACGUGUAGUGCGUACCUGAUUGUACUGUAUUGUUGUACUCGUAUACUUUUUUUUUUUUAUAUACUGUUAUAUACCUUUAUACCCUUUGCUCGUGGGUACUUAAAUCAUUUAAUAUUCUCUAUUCAAAUUUGUGUUAAAAAGGGGGGAGCUAUUCAAAAAUCAAAAGCAUGUACUUAUUUAAGGUACAUGGAGUUGGGAUGAAAAAUUAAAAAUGGUUUUAAAAUAAAGCUCAAACGAUUCCAUUGCGAUUAAAAAAAGCGGAAAUAAAACUGUUUUCUCGGUUUUACCGAUUUUUUCCAUUUUUUUUUUUUUUUUUUGAGAAAACUCCCGGGGAUAAUCAACGAAUUACCUCCCCCCCCAAUGUACCUCUCAGAAAGUGUGCCAUUGUGCAUUGUAAAUCGCGGCAAGAUUUCCGGUAGUGAAGUCAUCCGCGGAUAACAAAAACAAUAAUAAAUAUAUUUGUAAAAUCCAUAAGCUUCUUCGUUCUACUCAGAAUCCAAAAGCGCAAAUACUAUUCGCAAUUGCACGCGCGCUGCCAUACAAAACGGCAAAACACGACGAGCGUCGAACGCGCGCGGACGACGAAUUUAAUCAGAAAUCGGACGUGAGUCACCGGCGGCCGGACAACGGUAAUUCGCGCGUGCAUAACAAUAACAACAACAAUAAUAUCGUUAGGCCGUGGUCUCGCCGAAAGCAACCGAUGACGGCAACGCAAUCGCGACACGUAUUAUUAAAUUGACGUGUCCUCACAGGUCGCAACCGGACUGGAAAACAACCCAGCUGUUUGAAAACUAUUUUUGAGUGACUCGACGCGUCAGCCUCUCUGUCUGGUUGCUAGUGUGAAUAGCUGCGAUUUUGUGAAUAUUUCAAUUAUUUGAUUAUUACUCUGGUCUAUAAUGAGGUACGAUCAAUUUAAUAGUUUGUUAAUAAUUUAUUUAAAAUGGCAAAUGAACAACAAGCAGAAAAAUAUAGUUUUCGUACAACUUAUAGAAAGUCACCCACGUCUCUACGAUACAACAUCGUCUGAUUAUACUCGACAAGACAUAAAAGAAAAAGCGUGGAAUGACAUUUCAAAAAAAAAAAAAAAAAACCAACAAUUCUAGUAAGUAAAACGUUGUCGAAAAAUCAAAAACGUAAUUACUAAUUAAUCUUGUAUAAACAAUGUACAUACAGAUACAAUAUUAAAUAGAUUUAUCGUAUUAUUUGUUAUACUAGAGGGUUGACGUUGAGUGAAUAGUACGGAUGAACCCAAUUUUUUUAUUUUUUUUUUUUUGUUUUUUAUACCUCAAAUACAUAAAUGCUACAACAAUAUCCUCAUCGGAUGAAGACAUUUUGACAACUGAAUAUGCAUUGAAGUUGCAUUGAAGUUGCAUAUUGGUUUCGUAUAAGAGAACAACUAGGCAACUCAACUAAAACUAGACUUGAAUCUCUGUCGCGUUGCCGUCAUCGGUUGCUUUUGGCGAGAACACAGGUUUAGAAAUAAACCAAACCGUAAACGAUAAUAAUCUCGUCGUCCGGACGCGCACGCGCUACCGAAAGUCGUCGUCGUCGUCCUCGCCGCCGGGUCGCAUUCUACGGAAAAUACGCAUUCCACGACGACGACGGGAAUAACCCAAUGCUAUUAUUUUUUUUUUUGUUUUUUAUCGCGUCCGCACAAACAUAAACUAUUUCUUAUCGCGGCGUUUGAUUAUAACGCGGCGUCGAUUUACGCCCGUUCUCGCCGUUAUCGGUGCGAGAGCGAAAGUGACGGACGUCGUUCGAAAACCCGUGACGUUGCCGCUGCACCCGGUUUCCGUUUCAUUGACAAAACAGAACAAAUCGCAAUCCGCAAUCCACCGGGCCCGUUCGAAUAGCUCGUCGGCGAGCAGCCCGAUCGCCCGACGUGCCCGUUUCCGCGGUGAUAAUUCGCGUUGCCCGUUCCCGUUCACGGGACGCCAGAGAAUGGAUCGCGGUAGAAAACCGGUGCGAUAAUUUAGACCCGCCGAUACGAUCGGAUUACCGGACGCCGUUAUCAAAAGCGUGCUAGCGGCCGACGGCUUUGAAUUCCGGUUCUGCCGGCCGAAUGCAAUCCGCGCGAACAGCCGCGCGACCGAUUCGCAAACGGAAACGACGGCGGCACAGGCGACUCCCAAACGGGUUGCGGGCCUAUUUUUCGGCGAUAUUUUGCGGCGCGCCGAUUUCGCCACCCGCGGUCCCGAAACGCCGCAACGACGGCGGCCCGUAAAACGUCCCCGGCGGAUCGACCCGGAAAACGUGACCCGGCGAUAUUAUGUUUCGCCAUCGAGAGGUCCCGCGGACACGCGGCGCGAUUGUCGAAACGCCCGCGAGGAGCGGGGAUCCGUCACCGCAGCGUCUCGGAUUUCGCCUCGGCCCCGGCCGAUACAUUUCGUACACGUGUGCGGGUCACUGAGCGAAGCGGGGAACGUAUGGGUCUUACGACGAUGAUUGUUUUUUUUUUUUUUUUUUUUUUUACACCGUGGCGUAUUUUUUUGCCCCCAGAAAGCUCUCUCCGAUUUUCAAACGUAGCCUCCGCCACCUCCGAAAGUGAAUUUCAUCUGGUCGGUACCGUGAAGGAGGUCGUUUUUCGAUUAUCCGAGUGGUUUUCACGAUAAUCGGGAAAAACGCAUGAAUAAAUGCACGAAUAUUUACCACGUAACGAUUUCACGAUUUCACGUGUUUGUAAUUUAUUAUGUUUUCCACUCGAAAACACUGCUUUAAUUGAAAAAUCAUCUUUUUUUUUUUUUGUUGCAUUUUGGAUCUAAUUGCUCACGAAGAAAGUCGUUUAUUUUGUUUUUCAAAUAAUUUUCUGAAUAAUCGCGAAAAACCGUUGAAAAAUGUUCGGCAUUCCGAUUUCGUUAUUUAUUUUGGAUUCGGAAAGUAACGAGGGAUUUAUUAGUUUUACUGUUGUUUGUAUUUUUACGUUUUAUAUUUUCUAUCAGAUAUAUUGCUUCAAUAAAAAAAACGACAAGUGAUCAUAUUCACGAUCUAAUAAUCUGAAGUGAUCUCGCAUUUAUAAUCUAGUUGGCGAAUAUAUUUUCGGUAAAAAUUCGACAAUAAUAUUAUUAUACUGAUAUACCGAUUGCAGGGCGACUCGAGUACCGUCAACAGAAAACAAUAAAUUGUUUGGUUUUCGGAUGCAUUGUUUUAUUACGUUUUUCGAGUGAACUUUUAAUCAAAUUGUCUUACAAACGACCGGAACAAAAUAAUAAUAUUAUUUUGGUCACGGGACACACAGCUAAAUUGUCGGCCAUUUUAUUUAACGUACGAUUAUUUCGUCCCGCUUUUUUACGACGGUCGUGUUUCCAUUUUCGAACUGUAAUAUAGGUAUGUAAGAUAUAACUUACAUAGCCGGACAUAUCAAGGACCGAUCAUUUUGACAAUGCGACGUUUGAAUUUUUUAUGGGGCGGGGGGUUAGGUUUGCGGCGAGGGAUUUCCCAACGUUUCUUGUCGGGUCACGCUCGAAAAAUGUCUGCGGAUGACCUUGAUCGGAAUUUGAUAGUAUAGGUACGUAAUUAAACGCGACAUGGAUUUAUUGGACAUUUUUACUGGGAUGCAAUAUACUAGGCUAUUAUUAAUUGGAAUAUCGUGAUUUAUUGACGGUCACGAAAAAUAAAAACAAAAUAACUCAACGUGUGUGGCUGUAGGUGAGGACAUUUAAAAAGAUUGUCGAAAUUCUCUGUAUAUAAUACUCGUUGAAAUGAUUGAGGAUGUAUUUUCGUUGACUUGAUUUAUCGGCUGGUUUUAUUGACGAUCGGGAUGAAGUGUACAUUUUUCAUCGACCCUUAACGUAACUUAUUCGAUGGUGAAUUUAUCGGCUCAUCGAUAUGGUAAAUUUGAAAAAAAAAAACAAAAAUGCGAUCACGGAUGAAACAAGUGAAAACAAAGUGGUGCACUCGUAACGUAUACAACCCUAUAAAUAGAGGGAUUUGGAAGGGUAAUUGUAACAAAUUGUAUACCUAAUACUUGCAUUUUUAACGUAUAAUAAAAUAAAAAGGGGCAUGAAUAAUCGAAAAAACAAUUUCGGUAUUGUUUUUGAUUUUUUUACUUACUUACAUUUUUUUUUUUCGGUUUUGUAUUUAGUGUGUCAGUUUUUCGGUUAUUAAUACCGAUUUCAAACCCUGGAUUAAAAAACAGAGCUGAUAAUGCUGAUGGGUGUACCACUGUUGUAGGUGGGAAGUUAGGAAGAUAGAAUACUUAAAGUUAUUUAGUAUUUAUAUCUGUAUGCAAUGAUAAGCCAUUUAUAACGAAAAACGAACAUGAGCGAGGUUCGUAUAUAUAGCUCAUUUGAAAAGCUAUGUUUAUGAUUUUCAUAAAAAUUUGAUCUUAACCCAUUGUAAAAAAAAAAUGUUCAGCAUCAAACUAGAUCCAAAUAAUUGUAUAUUAUUUUUUGAUUGGAGCAAGUUUUCCGUUGGAAAAAUUGUUUAUAGAAAAAAAAAAAAAUAAUAAUAAUAAUAAUUAUUAUUAGAUGCUACUUAUUGAUCGAGGCAAGAUUCCUAGUAGUCAAGUAAAGUUGUUCACAGAUAGUAAUAAAAAAAAAAAACACACAUCCUAGUAAAACGAAUACAUUUCUCAUUUAUUCGAAUCCGAUAAUUUCUUUUCUGCUAUCUAAUACUAAUGGAAUACUAAUUCCGUCGGGCCUAGACAAAUGUUGAGUUUUCAAAGUAGACAUGUACGUUGUACCUCUAAAGAGCUGAUAUCUUUUUACAAUAUACUAUAUUGUCGUUUCGAGUACACCAUCUAGUCUGCGAAUCGACUAGUAAAUCAACUAAAAUACCAUAGGAUUAUUUUGGCGUGUCACGUGCGACACCGAUGUACGUUCUGGGUGUUUGGAUCUGAAAACGCAUUAAACGGCACACUCGUAUUAACGAAAAUGACCGAAGAAAAAACCGUUCGGGCCGAUUAUUUAUUCUAAUGCCGUCUGGUUGUUUUUUUUUUUAAUUUAAUUUCCGCGUAACUUCGUCUGUAGUAACAGGUGAUGACCGAGGUGAUUAAAAAUAAUUGUAAAAAAAAUGUAUAAUAAAAAUGUCGUUAAAACCUGACCGUCCCCGAUUUAGCAUGCGAAUAAUAAUACUUUAUUAUACUCGUUUAAUUAAACCGUUACCAUUGGUCGUUAAAUAAACCCAACGUCAAUGCCUGUGUAGCUAUAAUUCUAAUCAUGUACGGAAACCAUAAAAACGGUUUCGUUGUAUGAAAAAAAAAAAAAAAAACCUCACCUAACAAUUUUACGAAACUGAUGUUGUGUUAUGCACUUUGUGCAAAAUGUGUGCCCAUUAUAGAAUUACACAGUCUGCAGUUACUCAGUUGCAAUAAAAUUAACGUUAAUUUUAUUUUCCAGACAACUACCGGAACGCCGUCAGCCAACAGUAUCGAUCAGGACCGAUCUGCGUACGCGAAAAUGAACGGCCGGACCACGACCGUGCCGCCUUUCCGGCCGCUGAUGGCCGCGGCCAACAACAUGGUCCGCAACGUCCGAUUUGCCGCCCAACAGCAACAACAACAACAGCAACAACAGCUGCACCAACAGCAACAACAGCUACACCAACAGCAACAACAGCAGCAGCAACUGCAACCUUUAUUGAAACCGUUGCCCGUGCCGGCUUUUGCUGCCCUGCCCGAGUCCAUCGCCAAAGUAUCUGUAGAAAAGCCACAGACGCCGACGUCGGCGUCGGUAGCCGCGGUUCAUAGGCAGCCAGUAGCCGUAGUGCCGAUUACAGCUGGCCGACUGCAGACCAUGGCUGUCCCGGUGCAGAUGGUCCAACCCGCAAUGCCUCAGAUGUCCACGUUGGCAUCCCUCCACCGACCCUCAGCCACGUCCCAGAACCAGCAACUCGUCCAGUUAUCCGCGAUGAUACCACAGAUGCAGAUGGCCAACAGACGUUUUAACGUGAGUACUGCAGGUCACGAUUUGUUUAAAGAUUGUAUUCAAAUUUGAUGUUGUUACACACUUUCCAAUCAUUUGCAGAUUCUUCCGAAUCUCAGACUCCCGUAAACUUUAAGUAUUUUUGUCUUCUGUUCAUUCACUUUUGGCCGCCAUUUCUAAAGACUAUGUUUGGCCUUUGUCUGGUUAUUUAUCCAUGUAGUGUUUUUAAACUUCAUUCAUGUCAUAUCUAACUUAUACUUACACUGCUAUAUAAGGUUAGAAUCAUAAAUAUAAAUAUAAAGCUACCCUUUCAAACUUGUAUUUCUCUAUUUUCAAGUGAUUAAUUCCGUGGAUUGUCUAGUGUAGACGAUAUCAUAUACCUACUUUGUUUUCUCUCCGUUGGUUAUUAGGCGAAUGGAAGAGCAUAGGACGACAGAGCAAGCUUACUUUUAUUUUCGAAAGUGGUUUUCUUAUAAUAAUUUCUAAUAAAGCAAUGAAUGCUAUAUAAUUUAGCGCAGCAAUCAGUGGUGCCAAGCGCGUAUGACAAGUUGGGUAUAUAUUUGACCCUUUUAAUCAGGCUUAGGUGGGUGGGUAGGUGUUAUCCUCAAUCAGGGUUUACCCCAGUAGUUUAAAAAAGGUUCGGCGUCACUGGCAGCAAUAAUUCAAAUGCAUCUACUAAAUACAGAAAAUAUAGUGCACUUCUCCGAAUCAACAAAUUCUGGAAAAACAAGUUCACGGUCUUCUUUAAAGUAAUGAUUGAUAACACUAUAUAUGGUAUACUAUAGUAUCAUCUAGUGCGUGUAACUGAUUUUAUGCUUUUUUUUCUUCUUCUUCUGCCCUAUUAUAUGGAUCAUUAAAGUUCUUUGCCGCUUUUUCUAUCCUUUCCACUGAUCUCUGUCCAUUGAUAUACCGAUGCUGAAGAUUUUAUUUAUUAUGGACAGGUAUGUACUUAUCUUAUCAAACCAUUUCUAGCGAGGUCUCCACGGGAGAUUUUAUGCUUGUUUGGUAAUAAAUGAUUUAUGUGGUUUUCACAUAACCUAACCUUACUUGAAUAUUAUGUGAAAUGUUAUUCUUUUCUUUGAAAAAUUACGAAAAGUAAACUAGCCUCGUUGCUCUGAGCCGUUCAAUUUCUUUCAUUUAUUCCUUUAGCAAACUGUUAAAUUCCUCAACUCUUCUUCCGUUUCAACCAUAAAAACUACAAAAUUUGUAAAUAGAAUUUUAUUUGCAUAUAUGAAUUAGUCCAUUUUGUUAAUGCAUUCAAAAUUAAAGAAGUAAUAUAACUCACAAAAAUAAUAGAUUCUACACGAUGCUGAAAAUUAGUGCGAAUUAUAAAAUAUCGAUAUUUUAUAAGUUUGUUUAAUUUAUAUUUAAAUUUAUUGGUAAAGCAGAAAAAAUAUUAUAAACGUUUCAAACCUAACCUAACCUAACCUAACCUUACAAGCACGUACAAUAUGUUUUAUUUUUAAUCGAGUGACCGUUUAUACGAUUAUUAUUAUUAUGUCUUUCAAGGCAUGUUUUUCUUUUUCUUUUAUACUACUGUGCAAACGUAGGUUUCGCGAUUGAGAAUUUAUACUUUUUUUUUAUAUACACUUGUAUUUUUCAACCGUGUAUCAUCAGUUAAUACUUGUUCAAAAAUAAAAGUAUAUUUCCAUAAUGCUAUGGAUGUUUAUUGAAGUUUUAAAUUAUCACUGAAAGUGUCAAUACCAUAAGAUCAAAUUCUAAGUACAUCAGAAUUUAAGGAUAAUUUUUAACAUUACAUAUUUAUUAAAAAUAUUCGAAAACCGAACAAUAAUGUAUUAUACAGCAAUUAAAUUAUGUAGCGUUUAAAAACUAAUAGGAGAUUUAUAGAUAUCCUACAUGUCUACUAAUCGUAUAGUUUUUGAUAAUAUUGUUUCGGUAAACCUGCGAUUUUAAUCGGACAUACUUUUGUUCAUAAAAUUAGGCUAUAAUUUAAAAAAAAGUAAUUGUUCAGGAAAUCCAUUUGAAAGUUUAGAAUAAAAUAAUAAUUUGUUUAGUGUCUAAGGUAUAACAAAUAAUGCUGAGGUAGAUUAGGCUAAUUACGGCCUGAUUGUACUUACAAUACUAAAUAAUGUGAUUGUUUUUCUACCAGUUUAUAUAUUCUUUUGUUUUUCGAAAAUUAACCACAUGCCGACUGCGCAUUCUACAUUUAAGGAUCGAACGUAUACAUUGCAUUGCAACACAGGUAUUUGAUAGAUGUAAUUUUGUAUUUCUUACAAGUAUAGGUAUAGACUAUAGAUGAUGUUAAUGCUUUACAAAAAAAAAAAAAAAAACUACAAAUUCGUGGAUACCAAAAACGCGUAAAUCAAACAUUUUGAAUUUCGCUGUACAAGUUUUUACGUACAUAUAAAAGACCGCGAGCAAUUAUUAAGAUACGGUUUUUUGCAAUAUUAUGUUUUGUUUGCGACUAGUUACUAUAGGAAGAUGUAUAGAUACGUUAUUAUUGCGUUUUAGUAGAAAGUAAAAAUAAUUCUAAUGACCCCGAUCCAUUGAAUGAACAUUUUUUUUUUUUUUUUUUUUUUUUUUCGUAAGAUUUAAGGACUCAUUAUAAUAAUGUUAUAGUUGUAUAGUAUUGUAACACCGUAUAAGUGCGAGUAUAGUCAGGUAUUAUGUCUAAAUGCGAAUGAUAAUAUUCAAUGUAUUAUCGUGCGCGGAGCUGUUUGACUUAGAAAUGCUAAGUAACACUUAGUAAGUACCUGUACUGCAUGUAUGUCGAGUACGGUAUCAGUAUACGUUAUUUGUGCUUAACGAAUGCACAAAACAUAUUUCGAUUGCGGGUAUAAGACGUGUAGGUGGCAUCCGGUUAUUUCUGUUUUGGGCCAUUAUCUCUUUAAGUGAUUAUUAUUAUUAUUAUUUUUUUUUGUUAUCAAGAGUUUUGACUCUCUGAAAUAGACACAUUUUGCCAGUCAUCAUGAGCCAAUAAUAAAAAUUCCAUUAAUGGUAUAAUUAUGUUUAUAUUAUAGAGUAUAUUACUACUAUAGCGGUACCUAUUUUUUAAUAAUAGGGUACUCGUUAAUAAGAUGGCUGUAUAUCUGAUAUGUUUGCAGUUCUGUAAUACACACCAGAUAAAAUAACUAGAAUGGAAAAUUAUAGAGACCUUUGGAAGAGCUUGAUUAGAGCAGCAUAGGGCAUGUGAAAGUUAAAAAAAGCAUAUAUUGAAGACGGCUGUACCACUGUUGUCGGUGCAUAGUUGAGAAAGUAGGAUACAAUGUUAUUUAAUUUUACAUUUUCAUCAAAUUUUGAUAAUUAAAAUUCUUAUAAAAUAUACUACGUUGAACUCUAUUUUUUUACCAUAAAGUUAUGGACAUCUUGUCAAAAUUUAAAGCAUUUCUGUUUAGUCAAACAAUUUUAACCACAGAGUAUCUACCAAUAAAAACUACGGAAAAAAAUCACAAACAUAGAAUGUCUAAAAAUGGCUCUAAAAUCUAGUCAUUUUAACAUAUCUAAAAAGGCAAAUAUGAGUUUUCUGUUAAAAUUUCAAGCUUUACGAAUAUUUUUGACUGAAUUUUAAUAAAAAAAUAAAAUUGAAAACAAUAAAAGUAUCAUUUUUGUAAACUUUCUCGUUAUUUUUAAGUUUGCAUGAAUAAUUCAAAAAACUACAGAGAAAAUUAAAAAACGACUUCCUUACUCACCAACAAGAUUAAAAAUGCAACAAAAAACGCCAAUUGUUAUUUCAUAUUGUAGAAUUAUUUCUGAUAGAAAACCUAAUUGGUAAAAAUUUAAAAUAAUAAAAUCCUAGGUAAAAUUUUCGUUUUACGUUUUUUUCCCCGGUUUUUCCCAAUUAUUAUGAAAACUACUUGAAAAUUUGAAAAAUCAUCUGUAAAAUGUUUCAGCAAGAUAACAUUUCCUUUAAGAAAGGAGCAGGAUUUCCAGCAGAAAAGUUGUUCACAGACACAAAAAAAAAAAAUAAAAAAAUAAAAAGAUAGAUUACGCAUCGUAGUCAAACUAAUAGAUCCUUCGCUACGCUUCAAAUCUAAAAUAAUAAUAUUAUACACCGUAUGAAAGUAUUAUGUUUCCAGUCUGUCAAUUAUGAAGUAGAAGACAUUUAUUAAGAUGCGAAUAGUGUAUUAAUGUUUGGAAUGUUUUUUUUAUAUUUUCAUAAUUUUACACUAAUUAUAUUAGUCCCGACCAGCUAUUUAAUAAGGGUUUAAUAUCUUUAUCAAUUUAUCAUUUUUUUUGUUUUUUAGAGUUCGACUUCGUUCUCAAAUAUUAAAUGCCUCUGAAAUUGUAAUCUAUACAUAAUUUUCGAAUUGAUUUUAACUUAAACGCACAUAAUGUAAGAUAUAUCAUUAGUGAAAGGAGAGAACAUGUAAUUAUUAUAAUUGCGCUGUAAUAGAAAUUCACACGAUAAUAUUUCAAUAAAUAAGUGGCAAUACUACUGAAUGAAUAUGAAGCAAUAUAUUAUUACGUUUAAUAUUUAAAUACGUAGUAGCAAUCUUCAAUGAGAGAGUAUAUUUUUUUAAAUUGUGAUACACUUUAUUUUAUAUAUUAGCAAUUAGAGGAAAUACAUUGAAAUUAUUAUUAUUGCACUGUCCAUAUCACAACAGCAUGUAGGUACUAUAAAAUAUAGACAGAAUCGCACGGAUGAGACUUUUAAUUAAUUUGAUGUAUAAACUUUGAAUAAAACAGUUUAUUUUUAAAUACCUAAUUAAAUAAUGUUCCUCUUAUUAUAACAAAUACCCAAGAAUAUCAAAGCACCGUCACUUCGAGUCAUAUUUCCUCCCUUCUAUUUUGUUAUUUUUCACUAUACAAAUAUUCUCUGUAAAAUAAUAAAUAACCUGAUACUACAAUAGUAAAAUGCCAUUAACUAACUACAAAUUUAGAUACUUUUCUAAAAAAAAAAAAAUGGUAAUAUUUGAACACACAAAUAUUAGGCAUAUGGGUUGAAAGUUGAAACACCUAAAAUGUACAUCUUUGAUACUAAAGACAUGCUGGUACAAAAUGCGAUCCCCUGCAUUAAGUUAAGGGAUUUAUACGGGAAUGCAAAGCAUCCAAAAUAUUCUUCUUCCACAAUAACAUAACAAAUUCAUACGUAUUUAAAUUCAUCCCAACUUUUAUCAAACCAUAACUCGCAUGUAAAUCAAUAACUCUCAUUCCCAAAGUUGAGCUCAUUUGAUUGACGGGAUCUGAUAGAAGUGUCUAAAAGUAGUGACAAGUGGAAUAUACGAGUAUAAUAGUCACAAUUCAGUGUGAUAUAUUGCGCCUAUAUUUUCGGAGAAAAAUUCGACAAAAAUUUAAUAUUAUAAAUGCUUAUAGUUACACAGAAAUAUGUUUCAACGUAGUGCUUUCAGUAUAAGAUCCAGUAUAAGUAUAUUUGUUUGCACAUUAUUGUAUAAUUUCAGGUUUUUGGCUUAAAUUAUACGAUUAAAACGUUUUUCAAUCUGAAUGUUUAAUAUUAUUUCAUUAUUUUCCGGCGACCUAUGCCGUAAAAACUUUACCAUCAUUAAGCCGCAAUCACGUCCAUUUAAGUUUAAUAGUAGUUUUUAUUCCGUACAGUGCCCUUCAUUAAUCGUACCUACCUACACAAAGUACCUACUCGGAUGUUUAUAAUUAAUAUAUCAAGUGUUGCAUGAAAAAAAAUGUCAAGCCAACAUUAAGAUUAAUCUUUGAGCAUGGUACGUCUAAAUGUACAUAAAUUUAGGUUGGAAUCGCUACAAUAUAAGAAAAAAAUAUCAAUUAUUCACGUAUAGGAGGAUGCUCCUUUUAUAGUGAACACUAAUGGUUAUCCAGGUACUGAAUUUGAUUUUUUUUUUUUUUUUUUGAAAUAAUAAAUCAUUUAAUUUAUUUUGAUUUUGAUUUUACGGGUGGUAACUAAUUUCAAGUAAGUAAUACAUGCGUUUAUAAGAUAUACUGGUUAAUAUGAUUGAUACAAUUGCAGCAGUUAUUUAGUUAGAGGUAUCUAAAUUGAUCUGCCUCAUGCAGCGAUCAAUUUAUUCAUUACUAAGAUAAUCGAUAGGGCAAUCAAGAAUGAGGAAAGAAGCAAUACUUCGGGUAGGGCCGUGCGGGAACUCUAAAAUUAACGUGAUGUAACAAGGAAGGGGAAUCAAUUAUACAGAAGAUUAUAAUUAUAUAAGAAGGUCUAUUAUGGGCAAUUUUACGAUCAGCUUAAGACUGGAGACUGAGUUUAUGGAGUACUGGAUUGCGGUUGUGUGGAGGUUGUGGAAUUUUAAGCUCGAUGCCCACAAAACUUAGAUAAUUUCUUUAACGCGUUUAAUCUGCUGGCAGCAGUCUAUCUAGUGAGUAUUCCAGACAAAAAAAUUUAUACUCGAGUAGCCUGACCCGCGUAACGCCUUUGAAGAGCAAACUAGUUGAAAUUAAGAAAAUAUCCUAUUUAUGAAACCUAAUAAUUUUAGCGUUUUAUGUGUGAUAUAGUUAAUAUGAACAUUUGGGUUAAGCCUGGGAACGAGAACAAUUAUACCAAGUUCACGAACUUGGUAUAAUUGUUCGUUAAUCACAUAGCCAAGGACGCUUCCGUGGAUAGAGUAAGGAAAUAUGAUGGGACAACGGCAUCUCCUAAUCUGAAGUUUCACACUGUUUGUGGGUUAAUAGAUGAUUAAAUACAAUUUUUGUUCAUCCAUAAUAAUGAUAUUAUGUUAUAAUAAUAUAUUAUCUAAUGUUACAUCACCUUUUCUUCGAACAUUUUGGCUGCUAUAAAUACUUGGAAGUCAUAGAUAUAUAUUAGUUCUGAGGGAGGGGCGAUUUUCAAAUCCACAGAUCCACAGAGGUUAUGGGAUUUAUGCCCUCCAGUGAUUAUUUCAAACCUUUAUCCCGUGUAGGAGGAUUAUUAUAAAUUUCCAAAAUGUCCCAUAUACCUAUAAAAAUUCUUAAAUAUUAAGUUGUAAAUAAUAAUAUAUCGUGGUGACAAUAAUCCCAAGGGGGGGGGGGGGGAUCCACCAAUCGUUCCACCCUCCCGAUAUCUACCACUGUUGUUUGGAAAUCAAAAUUUGAUAUUAAAUAUUUCAUGUUGACAUUAUUAACUGUUGAUAUUACAUAUAGAUUGACCGUCUUAUUAUAAAUAUAAAGAUCAUUAAACAGUUCUUUACAAUUUGUCUGAAAAAACCAAACAAAAUCAAAUUUACUCAAUAUCUCCGUUAAUCUCCGCUAAUUAGAGACAGGCCAGAUGCUAGAUCAAAUUUUCAAGAGAAGCAAACCGAUUUAUAUAGGGGGAAAUACUAGAAAAAACAUUAUUAUGUCUCUUUACUAUUAUAAUAUUUUUUUUAAUAUCACGAUUAUUUCGAAAAUAGCCGCCCUCCAAUAAAAGUUUUUAGGGGGGGAGGGGACAAAUAACGGUUCUAGGGAGAUAAUGCCCCUUAUUUUUCCCCAUGGAUACGGACCUGGUUCAUGAUAAAAAGAUCAUCAUAGUCAUAAAUUCUGUACAAAACCUUAACGGCCUUUUUGUACGUAAUUGUUGGUAGAAUAUUUAAUUUGUCUUCUAUAUUUCAGAAUGAGUUAUGCAAUAAUCAUUAAAACGAGUGCUUUUAACGAACUUUUGUAAUUUUUAACGCUAUAUCGGAAUAUCACUCAUCGUUCGUUUAUAAUAAUAAUAUGAUUUCAUUCAAAAUAAUUGAGUUGUAAUAUUAAGGUCAGUGUGAUAUUGAUAAACGAACCAAAACAAGUUCGGUAAAAAAAAAAGCUGUCAUUAAAAAUUUGAUUAAUUAUAAUUAUGAUUGUUUGGGCGGAAAACAACAAAACACACAUUUUUUGUUUUGUUUUUUUUUUUUGAUUUAAAACAAUAAUAAUAAUAAUAUUAUUAGAUUUUUCGGUAUAUUAUAACGAUGAAUGGUUGAAAAAUACGGGAAUAAACAAAAAAAAAAAAAAUAAAUAUAAAUAUAAAAAUGAUUCAUUAUCAAAUGUAGUGUGAACAUUUUAAUAAUAUAUACAUUCAGCGUUUCGUGUAGAUAAUACAAUGGUUUUCUUUUUUUUCCCGUUCAUUCUCUCUGUUGUAAAAUAAUAAUGAUACGAAUGUAUCUAUAAUAAUUAUACGAGUCGGAGGGAGGAAAUAAAAGAAACGAGAGAAUACCAAAUUUGAUAGUAAUUAUGUAUGAAAAUGAAAACAUCAAACGAACAGAGUGCCGCAUGUAACACUGAAUAUAACACACGGAUAAAAUACCUUUGACUUAUGAUUGAAACGCGUGUCAGGAAAAUAUGAUUACUCUACGCGUUUCUGAGUAGAGCGAGAAAUGUAUUGGUUUUAAAAUGAUGUUUAUUUAUAUUUUUCUUUUCUGUGAAUAACUUUUCAACCAGAAAUUUAGCUUCGAUUUUCAAGUGUAGUACCUUUUUUGAAAGAAAAUGUUAUCUGGGUGCUUCUUUUAUUUUCCAUGUGGUAUUCAUAAUGAUUGCGAAAAGCCAGGAAAAACAUAGGGAAAUUUACGAAAUGUAUUAUUUUCAGUUUUGUUUUUUGUUGUGAUUUUGUUAAAAAUAUUUGUAGAGAUUUGAAAUUUGGAAAGAUUACUUAUAUGUGAUUUUUCUAGACAUGUAUAAACGAAUUAUAUUCAAAAUAGGUUUUCAUUUGUAAAUAUUAAUCAUUGAGUACGGAUAUACAUUAAAUUCCUCUCUAUACCUUCACAAUUUCUCAACUACAACAGUGGCCCACCAUUAUGUGAAUUACGUCGCGUCUUUUUUAAUCUUUUUUUAAUUAAUGUUUUUAAAAUAUCUACUCAUGUGUAGAUACUUAUUUUAACUUACACUAUUGGAAUAUAAUAUAAAUCACUUGUUUGUAAAAUAUUUACAAAUAAAUGAAGUAUUUGAAAACGUUAAAAUAUUAUGACCAGGGUUUGGGAUUGAUAGAACUCGUAAUCAACAAAAAAGUGCUUGAAAAAGUUUCUAAAAAGCUUAGUAAACAUUCUAAGAGCUAAAAUAAACACUUAAAAAAACAAAUGAUUAGUAAGUAAAGCUUUUACUUUAAAAAAAACCUAUAAAAUUAAGAGCAAAACUACUUCUAAAUUUCAUAUCAGAACUUAAAUAUUUUUUUAUAACUAUAUGGAAUUUUCUUACCUCGUGUCCAGUGAUGACGCAUUAGAUAAUAGAAUACAAAAUUAAAAUUAUUUAAAAAUCACAAGUGGAAAAAUCUAGGUUUUCGUCAAUGGUUUAUGUUAUUACAAAGUAAAAAUUUACAAAAAGCUUAAAAAGUAUUAUUUUAAUUAAUGUAAUGAUUUUACAAUAUGAUGUGUGUUUUAACAUUAAUGUGUUUCUGUAAAUAAAUUUUCUACCAUAAAUCUUGCUUUAAUCAAAAAAUGAGAUAAGACAUUUUUUGGUGCAUUGUGUUCAUUCAUUUGAUUUUUCAUAAUAUGCAUAUUACUGUUUUCGUAAUAAUCGGGAAAAAUGAAAAAAAAAAAAAAAAAGGUAAUCGGACAAAAUAUGUUAACGUUUUCAUUAUUUAAGAUUUGUUCGAUAUUGGUUUUCUUCCAAAUUUCAAGAGUAGUAUAUUUUCUGUAAAAAAUAUUUUUCUUGUAGGUGUAUAAUGAAGUCACUUAUAUAUUUUUUUUUUAUAGUUUUCUUAAUAAUUAAAAAAAAUUGUUUUCGUAUGAAAAACGGGAAUGUUUACAGCAUUAGUGGACAUGUACAACCAAGAUUUACUUAAAAUCUUUUUUCAUUAGCAACGGUUUAUUGUCGCGUACAGAUUAAAAUUAAAUUACUUUGUGGAGCUUACUUUCCUACCUACGCACAACAACGGCCCACCCGUGACCCGACCCCGGUAUCAGCUCUUUCUUCGUUGUAAUUAUGUAGUUAGAAUAUAAAUUAUUAUAAUCCAUAACCAAAUGAUUAAUUUACUAUAAUUAAACGUACAUAAAAUAAGAAACGUCACGAGCGAAGAGAGAGUGUAAUGUUAUUGUUAUUACAUUAUAAUCUAUACAGGCAUAAUCCAAUGGAUAAGUGGCAAAAAAAAAAAAAAAAAACACGCUACUAAAUAAACAUAAAGUGACAUAUUAUCACGUAUACUAUUUAAUAUUAUGCGUUGGCAAUCUUUUACGGGAUAAUAUAUAGAAUUAUAAUUAAGGCUAGGAUUUUGAUGCACUUUGUAUUUAUUUUUUUAAGCUAUCCGUGCGAUACCACAGUUUCGUUUCUUAUAGUUUUAAACGAGAAUAAGAAAGUUUAUUUUACAUUUGUUUGUAUAUUUUGAUACAUUGUAUCGUUGAAGCCGUUCUCUUCCUUUUUUGGUAGCUUUUUUUGUAGGGUUUUAGGGGGCAUUUCGCAGUAUUUGAAUCUAAAAUUUGAACUUGAAUUUCAUUUUAAGAUUUUCAUAUGCAGAUUUGUAUACAUAAAAAAUAAACUAUGAAGUAGGUACUCGAAUUAAAUAAUACGAUACAAUAUAAUUUCAUUGGACAAUAGUAAUGUCGAAACUUAAAUAACGAGGAUUAAACAGAUAACUUUUAAGGCAAAACCAACGUGGAUUUUUAGAAUCACUAGAUUUUCUGUUUAAUAAUCUGUUCGAUAAAAAAUAUCGAAUAUAUCGUUCUUUACGAGUUUUUGUUUUUUUUUUUUUUUUUUGUUUGUUUUAAAGUGAACUUAUAAUAUUACAAUAUAUAUCAAAAAUUUGUAUUGGCAUUCGGAGAAAAUAAAUUGAAAUUAAUAAUAUUGUAUUAUUCAUAACACAACAGUCAGUGGGUGUUAUAAAAUAUAGACAGAAUCACAUCGAUGGGUUUUUAAAUAAAUUUGAUGUCAAAACUGAAAAAAAAGGCAGGGAAGGAAAUAUUGAUUUUAGCUCUUGGUAAAAAAAAAAUACCCGUGGGGUUAGGUAGUGUUCCGUCACUUGAGUCGAAUUUCCCCCCCCCCUCCUAUUUUAUACUAUAACAAUGUUCUGUCUAAAUCACCACAGUAUUGAUUCAACAGGUUUAAAAAACACAUAAAAAAUGUACUUCUAUAUUUUAUAGGGGUUCGCUCAAAUUCCGGCGAACUCGAUCGGCGUCCGGCCGAUAAUCGUAACGCCCACGGCGGUCGUGGACAACCGGAACAAAUUCGUCGCCGACAGUUCGCCGUUGUCCAACGAAGUGAACCCCGCGCCGCCGUCCGCGGAUUCGCUGGCCGUCGCGGCAGCCGCCAACAACGUGACCGUUGAACAGCUGGCCGCGGCCAUCCGGCACAGGCAACGUCCGGCGCCGUCGACCACGCCGCCGCCCUCGUCCGCCGGCCCGAUGAUGAUGUUGGUGAACGCGGCGGCCGCCAACAACGUCAGCGUGGAACAACUGGCCAUGGUUCUGCGGCAUCAACAGCAACAGUCGCCGGGGCCGUUUUACUCGGCACCGACCACGACGACCACGACGACGACCACGACGACGACCACGACGGCCGCGCCGCCGCCCCCGCCCGCCGCCGACGACGAGGAAGCGAUGUCGCCGGUCACGAAGAAAAUCGCAAUCAAACCGUACAGGUCCAAGUACGGGGGCAGUCACAAGGUGAUGAACGCUCCAAAGGAGUACUAUCCCGUCGGGUACGACAAGAACUUCGAUGACAACUUCGUGUCCAAAGUGGAUUUGCCCGACACCAGUUUCAACUGCGGUGAACAGAAACACUUCCCGGGCCUGUACGGCGACGAGGAUUUAGGUUGCAUGGUGAGUACGGUAGUGUGUUUUUUUACGAUUGGAUAAUAUCUGUUUCCAAGCAAAAUGUUUAUAGGAACCGUAUUAAUUAUUUAUAAAAAAAGAGUAUAAUAAUAUAUAUUAUAUGAUUUCAUUAUAAUUAACCGUUGAGAAAUGUUUUCGUUUCGUUUUCGGUUUUUUUCUUCUAAGCAAUCAAGAUAUAAUAACAUUUGUAUUACACGAACAACAAUUUUCGAGUCAAUCAGGCAAAACGUCUGUAAUAUCUAACUCGACCACAGUUAAAAAAAAAAAAAAAAAUAAAAUACUUUUUAUCGAUCGAACCGUAUUAAUACGAAAAUUCGGACCAGUGACCAAUCUUUAAUGAAUCGAAUUAAUAAUAAAUCAAAUUUAAUAAAAUAAUAAAAAAAAAAUACCAUUAUUUACGUCGUCACUAUGAAAACGUUUGGUGAUUUAUUAAGGGAUAGCGUACCUAUAGAAAUUAUUAACUAUUUGUCAAUACCAAAACGACGUAUUUGGAUUCAGUGGUGCAAGCGAAUGGAAGAAUUGUGAAGAAUUAGGCGUGGUCCGUUGAAUGGGAAGGGAGUGACGGGAGUUUUGUCGGUAAAAGGAAAAACCGGUUGUAAAGGUCAGCGUUGGGUUCUGGAUGUUGGACAUUGCGUUAUUAAACGAAAUGAAAUUCAAAUUGAAACAUUAAAAUGAGAAGUUUAAGGGUAGACGUAUAGUUAACACUACAGGUUAAAUAGAAUUAGGAAUGAUUCCAAUAGUCUGGAGUGUUUAUAUAUAUAUAUGGGCAUAUAACAAGGAAAUUGAGAAAGGGUUGAGAAAUAGUACGGACAUGUUCAGAGUAGGAGAAACUACGAUGAGAUAGUUAAGAAGAUUACAAGACGUGAAGUUACAAGGCACGAAGUGUAGACGGAUACCGGGAAAGCGGUAGGCAAACAAAAUUGGUUAUUGAGAUUAUUGGAGAUGGAACGGCAUGUAGAGGAAAUGGGGAAACGUUGUGAUUGAUAGGAAGAUUCGGAAGACAAAAACAGAAGUUGUUAACUGCGUAGGAUAAAUGCGAAGGGAAAGAAAAAGAAUAUAACGAAUUAUGAUUGUCUUGAUGGUCAUAAUAAAAACGAACGCUCGUCACUUGUCCGUUGUAUAGAAUACUCUUCGGAGUGUUUCUUGUUUUUUUUUUUAAAAGCAACGCGUACUAGGCUGAUAUUUAUAUCUGUGGGGGCUUGACAUGACAUUUGUACAUAAUUCAUUAGCAUAAACAUAUAUUUUCAGACGUUUCAACUUACUAGCUAAUGGAUACUACGCCUUUAUUCUAGCUGAGGCACAAAGUAUGUAUAGGAAAUAAGAACAUAAAUAAAAUAAACAAAUAGAUAAAUUCAGUGUUUGAAUUGGGGGGAGGGUUACGAGGGGAUAAAAUACCACUUCUUUUUUAAAAAAAAUAUUUUAGCGUACCACUUCACAUUUCUUUUAAUGAUCUUAAUUAGGUUGAAUUCAAUCAUUACAAUAAGGGACGCUAUUUUUUUUAAGGGGGCUUGAUAACGUUCCGGAGAGAGUUUUUAGCUCCCAAAAUCACCCCACCAAAUAUCCGCUUAUGUUACGUGUGUAAACUCUCCCGGAGUAACUGAGAAGAGUACAAUAUCAUGUGAAAUCUCCCUGGUAAUAUUAGUGGGUAUCUAUUCACCGAGCCUCAGACUUUGUAUCCAUAGUUUAUGGACAUUACUGUAUAAUGAAAACCGAUCUAAUCAUUCAACCGUCGUAGUCUUUAGCCAUCGGAUACAGCAAUCUCUACGUCCAAGACUAUACUACUAAUUAUGGUAAUGUCGGAAAAUUGGUAUUAGAAAAUUGUUAAUUGAUUAGAUUUUCUGUAAAAAAAACCAAUUUUUUUUUUUUUAAUUUUAGUUUUUGGGAGUUUAAAUAUAUAUUUCCUUUGGUAUAUCUAAUUUUGAUUUUCGGGAGAGUUAAACAAUAUCGGAGUUGUUCACCGGCCAUGGAAACAGGAGAGUUUAUAAUAUUAUACAAUCCACUCCCAUAGUUCUCGGUUACACAUAAACGUGCGGUGGAUUACCGCGAUUGAAGAGCUUAUAAACCUCGUAUUAUUAUUGUAUACGAACAUAAUACGGACGGGAUAAAAUCGAUUCGAAAUAAAUAAAAAAUAAUAUUUAGAUUACGUUUGACUUAAUAACAAUACGCCGGUAAUAUAUAUGCACACUAAUGAUCCCACGACUAAAAUAAAUACAUACAAAAAAUACGUUUUUUAUAUAUAUGUAAAUGCUGAAGAGGUGUUUUUUUUUUUCAAUACAGCACAAGGCCGUAUACAACCGUGACCCGGAUUUAAAUUCGCGGAGGAAAAAUAUUAUGUAAAAUAUGACGCGUGUUCGGUAUAUACAAUAUAUUGUAUUAGUGCAUUCAGAAUCAUAAUAACAGUCAUAAAAAUAUCAACGUUUUUAGCCAUACCUAAAUGUUUGGAUUGGAUGCAUCGAAAAAAAAAAAAAAAAAAAAUAGAUCAGAUACUGCCGAUGGGUGUGCCACUAUUGUAGGUAGGAAGUUCGGAAGGUUAUAUGCAUAUGGUUAUUUAAUUUAGACCAGUGUGCAAAAGUAAAAUGUUAUUACCGACGAAAUAUGAUUUUGAGCGAAAUUAAGUUAAACGUUUGUAAAAAUGUCGUAGUUUUCACUAUGUUCAUUAAUAUCUGAACUUAAGAAAGAUUAUAAAAAAAAAUUACUAUAUUAAUCUCAACAUUUUUUCACCACUACGUACAACUUGUGAAACUCGCUAUGUGAAACUCGUUUUCAAUUUUCAAGCAUUUCUAAUAGGACGAAAAAUUGUAUUCAUAUAAAACUAAAUAAAUUUAAAAGAAUUCAAAAAUAUAAAAUUGUCAAAUGCUUAUAAAUAACGCUUAGUUAUUUAACUCAAAAACAUCAGAAUUUUGAGAAAUAUUUUAGGCGUACGGUUAUUUUUAACUGAAUUAAGGAAAAAAAAAGUGAUCGAUAAUAAUGAAUUCGUUAAUGCCGUUAACUUUCUAGAUUUUUCUCAAUUGUUAAGAAAACUACAUAUACGUACUACGCAAUAAUUUUCUUAUACGCACCAAUUAGACGAAAUUUUCUUUCAGAAAAAUGCUACUCUUGAAAUUCGGAGCAAGAUUUCUGGUAAACGAAUACAUUUUACAAUUCGAAAAUAAUAAUACUUUUAUUGCCGUACAUAUUUUGUCUGUUUCCCUACAAAUUUUUUCCAAAUUAAUAAGAAACUAACUCGUAAACAAAAAAAAAUGACGUUCUUGCACCAACUAGAUCAAAAUUUCUAGAAAAAAGCUCUCUUCUCGGUUUUUAAUUGGAGCUUAGAUUUCCGGUAAAAAAGUUAUUCACAAACUCAGAAUCUAAAAAGCGACUACCCAAAACGUUUCUUAAUCGCUUAGACGAUCCGGACAUUUAUGAUUCGGCCAAUUGAAAAUUACAAUUAAAUUAUAACAAAAAAAAAACCAAACAAAAUACAAUUUAGAAUAACAAACAUUACUCCCGAUGUCGACGACCGGAAUAAGAUUCUCGGUGGGGUUAUUGUUUACACUCGCAGGUAAAACAGUGCACGCAUCGGUAAGCUAAACUAUUACAUUCCUCGUUACGUUCAGAAUCACAAUCGCAAAAUAAAUUUGUUUUAUUUCUUCUCGGGCGUCUGGUUUUUUUCCCCUCGUUGAAUUAUCGCGUUUUGUAAGGGACGCGGAAAAAUUCCGCCCGUGUAAUAUUAUUAUUAUUGAAUAAAGGAUAAAAAAAAAAUUGCACGGUCGGAGCGGCACGCGCAGUCCGACCGCGACUAUCGAGGACUCGCUUAUCUCCCGUGUAUGAUAAAGAAUACCGCGGAGGCUGGUAAUGUACACAAUAAUGAAACGCGAACGCGACGAAUCGUAUGAUAUCCGUCUGCCGUGCCGCCGGACGUCGGCGACGUCCGUUUUCCCCGUUAUUAUUAUCGUAAUAAUAACAAUAACGCCGCCGCCGUCGUCGUCGUCGUUCCCGUAGGGUAAUAUUGUCGAAUUGCCCGCAUUGAACGGCGCGUCGGUUAUCGGGGAAUUGGCUAAUUACAACGAUACGGUUGCCGUCCGAAUAUUGCGGACGGGAUUUAAGAACGGGCGAUGAUUAUCGAUUAUUGCGGCCGAGGAUGAAAACAAAACAAAACAAAACAAAUCACGAAUUUCACUAUUAUACGCGCGCGCGCGCGCGCGUAAAUAUACGAAUUGCGCCGCGGCGUGUGCGCGUGUACGCAAUAACGCGGCGGUGUUGCGAUUCCCACCGACCUCGCGAGACACCGCAGGGAAAGCGCGCGAAUGGAAAAUAACACUCGCCCGUCGUCCGUUACGGCGACGUUCGCGUUCCGAAUCCGCGGGUUUCGCCCGUCCGAUUUCCAAACGCUCGCAGCCCGGACGAUCGGCGAUGACUGCGAUUGUUUAUGCCGCGGCGUCAAAUGACGCGGGUCGCGGAAAAACCCCACGAACAACACGUCCAAUUAUUUCACCCCGAAAUCGUGCGCGUCGCACGAUCGGGACGGCCGGCCCCGGUAGAUAGACAAUAAUUACGAUCUAUCCGGUCGUUAGACGUCGGUCGAAAGGCGACGUCGCCAUUUCUGUUUAAAGGACGACAAAAAAGAAAAUAACAGAAUCGGUCGUUACGUACACUUCCUCGUUUUCCCUGCAUUUCCUACGACUUCCGAAUGCACCAACUAGAACGAAUUCGCUACCAAACACCACCCGUACGGUCACACGGUCAAUGGCCGGAGAAGGACAAUUGGUUGAAACGUUCAACCGUUAAAAAACACACGCGUUACGAUAAAACCAAUACAAUAUUCCUCAUAACGCACGGUCUAAAAAUACAAAAAAGAAGAUCUGAUACCGCUGGUGGGUAAACCACUUUUGUAAGUGGAAAAUUGGGAAGGUGGAAUACAUAAAGUUAUUUAAUUUAUAUCUGCAAGCAACGAUUCUGAGCAAAGAUCGUUAAUACACGGUAAGGCCGUCAAAUUUCCAAUUUUUUUUCAAUACUCGAUAUUAAAACAAUAAUAAAAAAAAUUUUACUCCAUUACACACACUUUUAUUUUUCAACCACUAAUUACAACCUAUAAUGAACCUUCUGUUAAAUUUGUAUGCAUUUCUAAUCAGCAAAAUGUUUAGAAAAUCACACCUCUAGCAAAAAAAAUUUAAGUUUUCCGUCUAAAUUUCACGUUCUACGAAUAUUUUUAACCGAAGUACAAUAAAACAACAAAAUUAAAAAUAAUAUAACUAUUAUUUCCAUAAACUUUUCCAUUCAUUUUACGUUUUUAUCCGGUUUUCUCAAUUAUUAUGAAAACUACUUGGAAAAUCAAAAAAUAACCUCCUCAAUGUACCAACUAGAACGCUAGAUGUAAUAUCCUGAGAAAAAAAAAUUUAAAAAUAAAAUCAGUAGAUCUCUCGCUACGCUCCAAAUCCAAAAUGUAUCUAAUAAAGGCGACUGUGAUUAAAUUUUAAACAACGACGACCCGAAAUCAAUAGUUUGGCGAAAAAUUCAUCGAUCGGGGAAUACAUGUGUUUUUUUUUAUAUUCCGUCUGGACGGCUUUGCGGGCCUGUUUCGCACAGAUAACGGCGACACGCGUAUACUAUAUAAUAUACAUGAUCGCUUCGCCAAUUGUAUAUUAUACGCAACGACAUAAAAUAUUAUUAUUAUAUUUUGUUCCAACGGUUUUUUUUCGCUCCCCCUUCCUCCCCCCCUAGAAUAUUACAAGGGAGACCUGUCCACAGCACCGUCAUCCGUAUUUUGCGAUUGACUGGAAAGUGUUAAUAUUUCUGAACUAACGAACUAAUAAUAAUUGAAGAGUGACAUUUCAAAACUUAGGUACUACGCUAAGUACCUUACUAAGUACCUAACCGUUCAGACAGACAGAGACAGGGAUAUAAUAUGUUCGAUGAGCUGGCCUUUAAAGCCGAUACCUACCUCUAUUAAAAAAAAUUUAAUAAGGUUUUCAGAAUUUACCACUCCGUGGAAUUUGAUCAAUUUAACUAAAACGAUAAAAGAAAAAAAUAGUUGUCCAAGAAUAAUGGGGACGGGUGCAGCCACUGUUGUCGAUAGGAAGUUGGGAAGGUAAAAUACAUAAGGGAAUUUAAUGUAUAUCUAUAUAGGCAAUAUAUAAGCAACGAUAAAUCAUUGUUUACGAAAAAACGAUUCUGAUUGGAGUUCAGUUGAUAGUGAUGCAUUGUCAACAAUAUAUAUUAUAGUAAAAUAUUAAAUAAUUAAAUAAGCAUUAUUUAUUUUCUUUAAUAUUAUACCGAUUUUCUCGUUCUUGUUUUUACAUUUGAUGGGAAAACUCUUGGGAAAAUCGAAAAAUGACCUCUCUAAAGUACCACCCCAAGAUAAUUUUCUUUUGGAAAAAGGCCUAUAUUGUAUACUUCGGCGUAAGCUUUCUGGUAAAAUUCUUAUACACAUUAUAUAAAAAAAUAAACAUCUUCGUAGUACCAAUAACAUUCUUCAUUAAACUCAGAAUCUAAAAUGUCUUAUACAAUUUGUGUGUUUUUGACUUUUACACUUCAAUUCAACAUUUCAAUGUAUGAUGUUUACAUAUUUAUUUUUUUUACAGGUUUUUCAUGUGUGCGCGUUCACCGACGACGGCCUGACGCAGAAAAGCUUCCUAUGCCCUGAAUCAACAUUGUUCGACCAGACCAUACUCAAGUGUAAUUGGUGGUUUUACGUCGACUGCAAAUCGUCCGAGAAGUUGUACGACAGCAACAUCCCCAUAUCGAAGAGCUAUCAGUUGAUGAAGGCGCUGACGUUCUUCUCGUCGUACUCGGGUGGGCCUACCAUCGAUGCCUCUGUGGCGGCCGCUACUGCAGCCGUCUCGCCCAAGUCCGAUACCCCUGUGAAGUCCAACGACACGCCCAAGUCCACCGACAGCGUUUCUACGGACGGCUGGUCCGCCAUUUCUACGGCCACCGACGCUUCGGCGUCACCUCAGCCAACUAGCUAUUUAGCCUCUACCACCGAAGUCUUUGACAACGUAUCGUUCCGGAGAUGAUCCGGUACUGGUCUACCUCGAACAACGCCCUCUCCAUUCAGGCCAGAUAUUUGUUCGGCGCGUUUAGUACGACGACGACGUGUACGAAUUAUUUAAUUACAUUCAUCGUUUUAUUUAUUAUUAUUAUUAUUAUUAUUUUUUUUUUUUUUUUUUUUUUUUUUUUUUUUUUUUUUUUUUUUUUUUGGGUACAUGCGAUGCGUAAGUAUCGUUUUUUCCGUAGAGACUUUUAGAUUUUUUUUUUUAUACAUAAUUGUGAUAAAAUAGUAUUUAAAAUGAACGAUUAUUAAUAGUCGUGUAUGUAGUUAUGGACGCCCAUUGAGGGGGGGAGGGCAAGGAGAAUGUCCUUGGUUUUUUUCCGUACUUACGAAAGAAAUAUAAACCGUUUAACAAAAAACGUCAACAUCAUUGAAAAAUACAGUUACGAGUAAUACACUUCCCCCCCGGAUUUGUCAAGAUGGACGUCCUUGUAUGUAUAAUACACGGUCCAAAUAUUUCUCGAACAAACCAAUAUCGCUCAUUUUAAACUAAAAUAUUAUUAUUAUUAUUAUUAUUAUUAUUAUAUGAAUAUAAUAUUAUUAUGUACUAUUAUUUUUUUUUUACGAUUCUUGUAUACAAUUCGUUUUAUAACGAUGGAACUUUUAUACAUACAUCUGUAACAUUAUUGUUUUUUAUACUUACGAUUUUAUAUUCCCUAUUACACAAUUACUAUGUUUAAUUUGCUAAAAUCGCGACUCAAAUAGAUAAUGGUACAUAGAUUUUAACAUUAUUAUAAAUUUGUAUUAUCAAUCACACUCUUUGUACUGCUCUUUUUUGGAAAUUGUAUUAGUCCGACUGAAUAUAAAUAUUAUAUAUUUCUUGUGCUUACCACAAUUAUCGUUAUUAUAAUUGUUAGUAAUAUGUGUAUUACGAAAUGUGAUUAUUCGUUGAUCAACAUUUUCCCGGUGAAAUGCAAUUAAAUUAUUAUUGCAUAUAUGCCAUAGGUGUAUUUUACUAUUGAAGUCGAAUUAAAUGUAUUUUUUCUAUUAUAAUUUUUUGUUAGAUUUUCUCUGAAAAUAAAAAAAAUGAUUGCUUUGUGUUUAUCUUACUCUCGCCAUACUCAAGUAUAGGUAUUCAAAUACCUGCUUUUAGUGGUUCUCUCUGAGUCAAACUUAAAACUCGGGAAUUUAAUAGGUGGAUUGUAAUUUGUAGUGUUAGAAGUAUUAGGUUAAAUUUGAAUAUGCAUACACAAUGUUAUUAGGGCCCUGAUAACAAUUUGAUGAUCACAAUUUUAUGUUAAUACUUUGACUAGAUUAAAUUUAAAAUGUUUUAAAACUAAAGAUUUAUGGAACUUAAACAUUUAUUUUAAUUGAAAAGUAUACUGGCAAUGUGUUUCUUUUAGGUAUUUUUCAAACAUGUAUAAUUUAAUUUCAACAGAAUGUGUUUAAUGCGGAUAACUUUUAUCAUAGCCAUAGGCGUGCGUAUGGAGGAGAGGGGCAGGGUUGUCAUCUGCCUCUCAAUAUUUUAAACCUAAUUACAAUAAAAAAACACCUGAUCGAAAAUAACUGACACUGUUCCUGUUCUUCUUCUCCUUUGCCUUCAUUCCAACUAUUUGGGCUCGACCACCCUCGUUCUAAACACUCACUUGACCCGAUCUCCCACUUUGCGUGCAUCGUCUCUCCUCAUAUCUUUCUCAAUGACAUCCAACCACUUUUUUUUCGGUCCUUUCUCUCCACCUCUUUGCUUCCUACCAAAUUCAUACUCCGAUUUACUUCUAUUUAUCUUUAGUCCUUUCGUUUCAAAUAUUUCAAAUGUGAAAAUGUCAAGGAUAUAUUUCAUACUCAUAACCUUAACUUUAUGUACGG